CCCACACCGUCCCUCCGCCCCCCCUUGUUUAACCCCCAGGAUUCACAGUGCGCGGUGCGGACGGAGUGCGGUGCUGGGCAUUCCCCGAGCGGCUACGGCGUGCGAGGAGUUAAGGCGGUGCAUGCUGGCAGCGCAGUGACCCGCAGCCCGCCGGAAGGACUCGGAGCGGGGGGUGCGCGCGCACUGGCCCCCGGGAGCCCACAGACAGACAAACAGACAGACAGACAGACAGGCUGGUUCCAUUACCCCCCCUCUCUCUCUCACUGGAAGUUCUAUCCUGGUUCUAUCACAGUCUCUGCGUGGAGUAGUGCGGGCAGGGAGCGGGCGCACGGCAGCGGCAGCCCCCAGGAUAAUGCAUGCGGAUUGCAGGCCGGCAUGGAGCUGUGCGCUGUGUCUGUGAGCCGGCUGCUCACUCUGAUCCUCGUCUGCUCGCUCUGCCGGAGUACCAGCGCACAGAACGGUAAGCAGACUGCAACCCCUGUCACUCUCAGCCAGUGGAGAAUUACAACCCCCAGCAUGCUCAGCCAGCCCUGGCCGGCUCACACUUUGCACACACAGUUAUGGACUGUGGCUCCCAGCAUGCUCAGCCAGCCCUGGCCGGCUCACACUUUGCACACACAGUUAUGGACUGUGUCUCCCAGCAUGCUCAGCCAGCCCUGGGAUCUGUAUGUGAUGGGCUGUGUGUGUGUCAUUGAUGGUUAUUGUCCCCAUACCCAUCCAGCCAUCACCAUAUGGGGAGGUAAAUUAUAGCUAAACUGUGCUGCACUCCAGGGUCGCCAUGCUCCCCCACUCAUUGUUUGGACAGGUCAUUGAUGGCUAUUCUCUUACAGACAUUACUUUAUGGGUAGCUCACUGAUGGCUGUUUGUUAAUUACACUAUCCAUGCAGAUCUAGCCAUUGGUGUGUGGGUAGGUGUGCAUGCAGAUCUAGCCAUUGGUGUGUGGGUAGGUGUGCAUGCAGAUCUAGCCAUUGGUGUGUGGGUAGGUGUGCAUGCAGAUCUAGCCAUUGGUGUGUGGGUAGGUGUCUAUGCAGAUCUAGCCAUUGGUGUGUGGGUAGGUGUCUAUGCAGAUCUAGCCAUUGGUGUGUGGGUAGGUGUCUAUGCAGAUCUAGCCAUUGGUGUGUGGGUAGGUGUCUAUGCAGAUCUAGCCAUUGGUGUGUGGGUAGGUGUCCAUGCAGAUCUAGCCAUUGGUGUGUGGGUAGGUGUCCAUGCAGAUCUAGCCAUUGGUGUGUGGGUAGGUGUCCAUGCAGAUCUAGCCAUUGGUGUGUGGGUAGGUGUGCAUGCAGAUCUAGCCAUUGGUGUGUGGGUAGGUGUGCAUGCAGAUCUAGCCAUUGGUGUGUGGGUAGGUGUGCAUGCAGAUCUAGCCAUUGGUGUGUGGGUAGGUGUGCAUGCAGAUCUAGCCAUUGGUGUGUGGGUAGGUGUGCAUGCAGAUCUAGCCAUUGGUGUGUGGGUAGGUGUGCAUGCAGAUCUAGCCAUUGGUGUGUGGGUAGGUGUGCAUGCAGAUCUAGCCAUUGGUGUGUGGGUAGGUGUGCAUGCAGAUCUAGCCAUUGGUGUGUGGUAGGUGUGCAUGCAGAUCUAGCCAUUGGUGUGUGGGUAGGUGUCAUAUGCAGAUCUAGCCAUUGGUGUGUGGGUAGGUGUCUAUGCAGAUCUAGCCAUUGGUGUGUGGGUAGGUGUCCAUGCAGAUCUAGCCAUUGGUGUGUGGGUAGGUGUCCAUGCAGAUCUAGCCAUUGGUGUGUGGGUAGGUGUCCAUGCAGAUCUAGCCAUUGGUGUGUGGGUAGGUGUCCAUGCAGAUCUAGCCAUUGGUGUGUGGGUAGGUGUCCAUGCAGAUCUAGCCAUUGGUGUGUGGGUAGGUGUCCAUGCAGAUUUAGCCAUUGGUGUGUGGGUAGGUGUCCAUGCAGAUCUAGCCAUUGGUGUGUGGGUAGGUGUCCAUGCAGAUUUAGCCAUUGGUGUGUGGGUAGGUGUCCAUGCAGAUCUAGCCAUUGGUGUGUGGGUAGGUGUGCAUGCAGAUCCAGCCAUUGGGGUGUGGGUAGGUUGGUCUGUGGUGGGUAAUGUUUGGUGCUGCUAUUGUAGUUUACAUGUAAGUCCAGCUGCUUCUCUGUGCGUCUGUCAAGGGUGGCUAAUGUUUGGCAGUCCAACAGUAGUGGACUACGGCAUUCAUCCGGAAGACAUGAAGCAAAAAAGUUUAGCAAAUAGGUGUCUGUGCAUCAGAGAGAAUGAUGCUUGAUGCCUAAAAGCUGACCCUUUUGUGGGACAUUGGAUAGAAUGCAUCUAUAGUAACCCUACAGAUGUAUAGAAUUCAUGGAAUGGAUUAUGGUAUGACAUUGGACAGGGCAUCAGAAAUCUCACACCACAUUCACCUAAGCCAAAGAGCUAAAGGUUGGAUUUAACCGGUGUAGAAAACCUAAAAAAUGAAAAAAAAAAAUCACUAAUCCACCCACUGAAAGUGAAAUAUAUUUCAUAAAUAGCCCUUUUAAGCUGUGCUGAACACUUUGAGAACAGACCUGAUAGUCUCAACUGCUAUUAGAAAUGAAGCAGAAAUCUUUGCCAAAUGUGUGAAUUUAUAUUUUAUUACUUUAUAGUGACCUUAUAAAAUUUAAAUAUUGUGUGAUCCAGAUCAUGCAUUGUGUUAAAACACACUGGGGAUCAUUUUUGACACUUUUAUUUUUUUUACAUUUAUGUUUACGAAGUUCUUCACCCUAGAGUCGCACUUCCUAUGGUAAAAAUUAACUCUGAUAUUGCACCCCUGAGUAAUUCCCAUCAGAUGAUGCAUUGGACCUUCACUUUUUAUAUGUAUUAAAAUGCCAGUUACACAGAACUGGAGAAUAUAUAUAUAUAUAUAUAUAUAUAUAUAUAUAUAUUCAUACUGUAAUCCACAGUAUACAAUAGCAGAGUUAAAACGUCUGGCCAAAGUGAUGAUAAAAAAUGCUUUCCAUCUUGGCCAAAAUAAUUCAUUAAAUGCCCCUGGCUUUACAAAGGAUUACAAUAAUUUGGUUAUAGUGGAUAUUAGGAAGCUGAUAUGACUUUAAGGUGACUACACUCUGUCUGGCUGUAUGUGCAAUAGGGAAGACCGCACAUUCACAUCUCAGUGUGGCAAUACUGGAUGCAGUACAAAAACCGCCAUCUCCAGUACAAUAAGAUAAUGAAAAUACUGUAACUCCAUUUAGAUUAAGUGAAGGCUUAAUCCAUUCAAAGUUACACCAAGGUCCACUUUUGGACACCCCUAGAUUAAACAGUCACCAAAUCUAAUUGGAGCUGCAGUGUUUUCAUUAUUUAUUAUUCCUUUUGGGUUUAUGACUGUAUCGGCUGUUUUGGAAUCAGUUGUGUAAUAUUAUGUGAGCUUUUACAAAUUAUUUUGCAAUGAUGGAGAGAGGGAUGUUUAUCCUAAAACUGGUGUUUGGUGGUACUAUCGAAGUCAAGAGGAGAAAGAGAGACUUAAUUGAAUACAUUAGAUUGCCAGUCUCUAAAAGAGAACUGCACACUUGUGUUUAGUAUCUUUAUUUUUUUCAUUUCAAUGAUAUUUAUGGUGUUAACAUAUUAUGGUGCAAUGGGAAUAUUAAAGCACAGGUCUACAUAUUAAAGUGGCCUCUCUUACUACAUGUACAAAACUUGUCUUCAAACAGACAUUGUGAAUCACACGAGUAUGUCAACAAUUAAAUUGACAUGAGCUGCGAACAUAUUGAUUGCCCAACUCCAGACACUGUGACCAUACUGCAAAUUAUUUACUUCUCAGCACUGACUCCUUCAAUUACUUCUUGGGCUAAAUUCGAUUUAAAAUCCUUCUUUAUCUGCAUUCAAUGGCUCUAGAUUGUAAUCAUUUUUAUACCUGCACUUACAUUGUUCCUAUGUCUUAAAUCCCUGUUCCAUAAUAUUUUAAAACCAAAUAGCCAAUAUACACAAAUGUUUAUGCCUGUUAUCAGUGAAGAUUUUGAUGUUUUCAACAUAGUGGUGCUGGGUAUUGGAUGAUGGCGUGGAAGAGGUUAAGCCUUGGUUUUGCAAGGUCCCUUAGAGGCUGAGUACUAAUGAGUAACAGCCCUGCAGUGUCCUGCUGUGUGCUUUCCAAAUAAAACACUGUUCUCUUCCUUAGCUGGACAGGCCUGUAGUCCUUCUUUGAACUGUAUUGUCUAUUUGUCCCUAAAUUCUUUGAAUAACCUUAGAUCAGUCACUGUGCCACAGAAUGGCUUAUACUGGGCUGUAAACAACAUUUUAAACCUUUUGAGUUCCAAAGGGAUAGUGGAUGCCAUUAUGCCUCCUACUCCAGACAGUGGAUGUUCUUUUACUGUUUUUAAUAUGCAUAUUGUUGUGUUUUGCAUGUUGUCUAUAUGUUUAACCACAGUAUCCUUUAAUAUUAAAGAUGAAAUGACUUAAAAAUGAGUAAUACCAGUAAUUCUAGCACAAUUUGGCAACAUCUGAUGUGUACACUAUGUUAAGGGAGCUAUGGUGUGAAAUUCUACUUCUGCAGAAUGACCAAAGACUGGACUUCUAAAAUGACAAAAUCAGCACUAAAGUAAUAAUAAAUUUAAAAAAAACAACAACUUUUAUUUCUUCAUAUCAAAAAAUAGCUUGCACAGACGUCCAUAGGGGGAAGUACCGGAAAACAGGAUCACUGUCUUAACACAUUUCAUACAAUUAGUACUUCAUUCGAGAUGCCGUUUCCCAGUACUAUGAUUUCCCCUGUGGUCUUCUAUAUAUAAAUUUUUUUUUUUUUGGAAGAAAUCAUUUAUUUAUUAACUACUUGGGGUGAUGUGUUUUGUUUUUUUUGCAUUCCCCAAAAUUUAUGGCAGUCUUUUUGUUAGUGUCCUUUUAAAUCUAAUCGUCAAGGAAAGAUUGAGAGAAGGGAUGGUGCUAAAGUUAUUUUCUGGUGUACUUGACUGUUAAUACUUCUGCAGCUUCUAUGGACACAUACAUUUAUAUUUCUAGUACAUCUGACAAUCACUGAAAUAGCCAAUUAACUAUGCUUAGCCUUAGAGCCAUCCCUACAUUACAUUUAAUCCUUGUAUCCUUGGUCUGUCUAGGUCUUAUUUCAAGCUUGCAAACAAUGGCCUUAUCUUUCUUUUUAUUAUGAAGUUCAUGGCUAGAAUAUCAGCCUUCCAACUCCUAAAGCAUUUUAUAUACACAGUCUGCAGAUUGAUUGUUCUUGAGUAUUUGACAUUUAUUUUUAUGAAAAGAUAUUAUACAAUGACCUGCUCUAGUUUGUUGGCCAUGAUGACACUGAGGCUUACACAGGUUACAUAAAAAAAAAAAAAUAUAUAAUUCUUGGCAAAUACAAGGUGAGAAAAUAAUUACAGUAUAAGGAAACAUAUGCGCAGAUUCACAGUCAUCAACAAAUUAUUCUUUUAUUUAGGGGUCCUUAUUUUGCAAUACUGUGUAUUCCUUUUUUUAAUUUUUUUUUCUAUUUUUUUUUCUCCUCUCUAGGUUUUCUUGUCACAUUGCCACAGUCAAGUGGAAUACUUGAUAUUCAAGUGUAAUUUUGAUAAAUUGUUUUUUUUUGGUUUUUUUGGUUAGACUUUUUUUUUCCCCAAAAAAAGUUACGCCUUCAGCUAUUGUAAAGCUAUGCCAUGAUGCUUUGCAAUCCUUAAACACUUCAGACGUCAUGACAAUGUAUACCAUGAUAGGCUAGGAGCAUGCAUGUGACUCUCUCAGCCUAUUCUUGUUCCACAAUUUAUGCUCAAGUUAAUAAGGAAGUGUUAGCCAAAAGUGGAGGCACCACCAGAGUUUGGAGACCCAGUUUCAACUUUAGACCCUAAUUGACAGGUCUCAUUAAAUGUUUGAUAAACUUCUCUUUAAAUUCUUUAUGCCUUUUGGUUGUCUGUACAAAUGCAGUAAUUGUCACAUUUCCAUUCAAUACAGUUCUGAGAUCGCUUCAACUAGAUCUAUGAUUAUUUCAAUUUUUUGGCAUGGUUUAUACUGACUUCAUAAUCUCCACGUUGAAUGUAUCGCACACAUAUUUUUCCCAUGUAUGUUUUACAGUAAGCGCUCUAUCUUUUUUACACUUUGAAAGGAUUCACAUCUUUACAAUCCAUACAUCUGUUAUGGUACAGGAAGGUCCCUUGCCCGAAAGUGUCUGUCUUAUUAUGAAAUGCUCAGAAAGACUGUGUUCAAAUUCCAUUGCAGUCAAAAAAAAUUAUAAGACAAAGUAGGAACCACUUUCUUAUAUUUUUUUUUUUUUUCCUACACUUGUCAACGACUGACAAAAAGGCUGCCUCUGUCAAACACUCAGCCAUUCCUUGUGACUGCUAAGGGGAAAAGACGGCUCCAUAGACAUGUGUAGUCGUCUCGUGGGUGUGCGAGAGUACAGCGCUGAUGUCAGCUCCAGGUAGGUAAAUCGCCAGUAACUGGGCAGGACCUUCCCCAAUACUCUUGAGCAACUGCACUGCAAGUGGAGCUGUUAUCAUCUGGGAUCUUUACAAAAUAUGCAAAGACCCCAGAAGGUGACACGGCCUUUUAUUAGUUUGUUUUUGCAGGGUGGGAUAAAAAAAGACGUCAGUAUAGCAAGCUAAUAGAAGCUGUGGUGUGGUUAUUCAUUUGUGCAGUGAUUUUUGAUUCAUGAAUGAAAUUACUGAGGAGUGCAUAGCUUCCCAAUCCCAAUUGGUACAUUCUAAGAUGUACUUUUAUAUACUGCCAUAUUUGUAGUGUUACAAACCCAGGAAUGUGCUAUAAAUAAUAACUUUGCAACUAUGCAUUUGCUAUUUAUUUUUUUUUGGCUUGCACAAGCCAAACUGUUUUACCUGAAUCCAGCGCCUAUGUCCGUCGGCGCUGGGUUUGGCACCGCCCAUGCUCCUCCCGUGCUGACGUCAGCCGGCAGGGGAGACAGUACGCGGCAACGGCCGCGCUCACAUUAGGAUUUAUCAAUGCUUUCCUAUGUGGAAAAAUUUGACGCUGGAAGUCCUCAUUCAGAGCGCGAGGAUGUCCAGCGUAGGAUACUAGACCAAAGGUCUGUUUCGAUUCCGUUGGCUCUCUAGUGGCUGUCUGGUAGACAGCCACUGAAGGCAGACUUAGAGCUGUAAUAUUUUACAUUGUAGAAGUAAAUGCAAAAGGGACACAGCACCCAAACCACUUCAAUAAAAUGAAGUGGUAUGGGUGCCUACAGUGUCCCUUUAAUGUUGAUCUCAAGUCAAGUGCUCUUUAAAUGCAUUACCUCUAUAAUAAAUGAAAAGAAAGUAUCCAGGCCUUUGUUCUAUUUACACAAAUGUAGUUACUGUUUUAUUCUUUUGCUCUGCAUUUCUUUGUAAGCCAUUCAAUCUUAUGCACCAUAGGCUUUCACAUGUGGGAGUGCUAGCUCUGUAAAUGCUAGGUGGUGAAUAGUGUAAGGAAUAUAGCAAUAUUCUGGUUUCUCAUAUUACUUUGUCUGGUUUAAAAAUAAAAUAAAAAUAAAUAUCUAUAUCUAUAUCUAUAUCAAGGCAUAAUAUCUUCUCAGUUGUGAAAGCUCAGCACUCAAUAAAAUAAGCCAAAAGUGACAUGAUAUUAUUUAAUAUUACGUAUAGAUUCAUGUUUUUUUGUUAAUAGUAUUAGGAAUUCAAAUGUGUAUAUUGCCAGCACUCUCUUGCCCUAAUCACCGUUUAGGUAAUCAGUCCCAACCACUGCCAAUGUUAAAAAGGUGCUUUUACUUCCCUUUUCUCCCUCGGCGUACUGGUCUCUGGUGUGCAGCCCCUUAUUUGGUUGAGAUCAAUGAUCUCUGGCAAUCCAACACGAUCACAUAGGAAGCUAGUGCGCAUGAGACCACUACUUUGCACCUCAGGUGUCGUUGCCAUUAAAAAGGGAGGGGGGGGGACAUGGCACUUAUGCCACUUCGUUGAGAUGAAGUAGUCUGGGUGCCUAUAGAGUUCCUUUAAAUGUAUUAAGAGUAACUUGUAGUUGGCAUACACCCACUCAACGUUCAGAAAGGCUGUCACAAAGCAAAUGUGCAGUUGUUUGGCCACAUUCUGCACUCGUAUCAAAGAAAAAAUAUAUCAAACAACAAUAAUCUCAGAGAGGUCUUUGGCCUUUUAUUUUAUUGUUUUAAUUUCAUAACUCUUCUUAAAAAGGACCUGUGACCUUUUGCUAUUUCUCCUAAUCCACUAAAUACUAAUGAUGUUUUUGUGUAUGUGUUUAUAUAUUUAUUUAUUUUUUAUUUCUGGAGUAUAGCAUAGCUAAGAAUUAUGUGAACUUGCCUAUAAGAAACUACUGAGAUCUGGCCCAGCCAGUAAAUGUCUGCGCUGACAUCUUAUUACACUAUGCUUGAUCAUGGUUUGCGUGCUCAGACAUUCCACUGAUUAUGCCUUGAAUGUGCGCGUGCCCCCAUGGGUCUGCAUGGCAUUAUGGUAUUCAUGAUAAUUCAUGAUCAAAACUGCAUUAACACAAGUAACAAUUUAGCUAUAAAUCAUUCAUGCUACGCCUCAUCUGUCUCAAAAUUACCUGUAAACAAAGCCCUAGUGUAGGCCACUUCUCCUUGCUUUAUCCAUUUGUUGUAAUCCUUUUAACCUACUAGGAACAAACAUACUAGGAUACCAGUAAUAGCUUAUUAUUUAAACAUAAACCCUGCAGUGCAUCCGAACAAGAAAAUAAUGAAUUGAAACGAUUAUGAUAUCCAGAGCAGCAAUGCACUGGUGUAAAAAAUAAAUACAAUUGCUAAAUCUUUUAUUUUUGUGAUUGUAUGCGUAAUGGUUUACAGAUUCCUUCCUGCAGUUGGUUAAUUGUGUUUGUGAUCUUUAAUUAAAGGGAAACAAUUUAAAAGCACGGCUUACUGGGGGUAGCAAUUAUGUUUGUUUAGCAGACUAACACUGCAGUAAUUUUAUAUUUUUAAUCACUCUCUUCUUUUUAUAUGAUCAUCUUUCUUGUGAAAUCUAGCCGUAGCGUCUGUCUGUCUCUCUCUCUCUCUUCUAUCUAUAUUAUGUUGCAGGUUUUGUAUAAAAUCCUGAUUUAGGCACUGGCAAUAAAAAGAGCUGAAUGCAAAGAUGGACUGUCACUUCUUUGGAAGUUAUAUAAUACUGUGAAGAAUGCUUAUAAGUUAUGUUAAACCUUUUUUCCCAUGUGAUUUAAUUUUUUUUUCAAUGAUCUAUAAUUUCCAGAGUAGUGACAUCUCCCCCUAUAAGCUCUGUAUUUCUUAAGACCGUUUGAUUGCAUAGCUAUCACUUGGGAUAUCAUACUUGCUUUGCUUGUACCCCAUAUACACCAGAAAAAAAUACUUAUUGACCAACUUUAUUUUGCGAUUUCUUCAUUCUAGAGCAUGGGAGAGAGAUAUAUAUUUUCCGAAACCGAAAAGGCUGCUUUUAUGUUUUUGUUUAUAGUAAUUUAGUUUUGUGUAGAGAUUCUUUCAAAUAGACUCAUGCUCUUUGUAUGCUUUGUUUGUAUCUGCUUUAGUUAGUCUGUUGGCAUAUUCUAAUUAUUCCAUUGUGGUUUACCUUUAGAAGCAAUUCACCAAGACCUGCCUUUGCCUUGGUAACCUCUGUAGAAACCAGAAAGUUUUUGAGACGUCAGAAAAUGGCCUAGGCUGUGUAUCUAUAGUCCUAUCAGGUCUAUGUAAUAUGCCAUAUCGUUCCCGGCCUUCUUUUGAACACUUAGCAUGUGGCAAACUGUGUCUGAGUAGUUUUAUUAAUGAAAAGCUAUGCAUGCACAGUCUUAGACCUGACUUGGAGUGUAUGUCUCUUCGAGACAGGGCAUCUGUAUCUACUGUGAACACCAAAUAAAACCAAUAAAAGAAUGUCUUUGUCAAAUAUGCAUAAACAACACCUUAGUGCCAUUUCGCACAGCAUAUGAAUAAUUAUAUAUUGCUUGAAAGAUGCAAAAUUGACUUAAUCCGUAGUAUAUGUAAACAAAAAGACAAACCAUGCAUCUACUGUUCAUUGCACUGAUUUGUCCUGGUCUUCUUUUUUAUAUACCACUGAUUACCUCAAUAUCGCAUCUUUCUGGCAAAAUCUAAUUAUUCAUAAGUUGCGUUGAUGCAUAUUUUUGUUUAGAUGCAUUUUCUUUGUUUUAUUUAUUUAUUUUUGCGGCUGUCAGUCAGCAUAGAUAGGAGAAUUAACUGUCGUCACAGUGAUUUCGAAUGUUUUUUUUUUUUUUUUAUUAAUUAUGGUUGCGCUUAGGGAUUGGUUUCAUCCAUUUACUAGACCAACCACUCCUUCAAAUACAUUGAGACGUAUGUGUUAAAGGGGCAAGCCAGGUACUGAUAUGCCUGUAUAUUUAAAGGGAAACCAUAGGGAAAAAACUGCCCCUUAUUAUUUGUAUUACAUAGGUAAUGCAUUUGAAAAGACAAUGCCAGAAAUGCUAUUUAUUUACAAUCAGUUACCCUUUUAAACUUCCCUGCAAAUGCACAGUUUAACCAAAGAGUGGCAUCCAAUCACGACAUCUGAUCAUUAUGGUCAAGAAUGUAUAUGGGAUUCAUUCUAAACCCAAAAACAUCUGUUCAUUAGGAAUAUAUGGGGGGAGUAGUUUAUCCCCAAAGAGCGUUCCAGUAACCACAUGAGCAUAAUUGUACAAGCUCUAAAAACAGCAGCCAACCUGGAGCGGAGUGUUCUGAUUGACAGCUCUGAGGGGCUGUCAUAGAGGUGCUGUGACUUUUACAAAUCACUGCUGUCAGAGCUAAGCGUAUUGGAUGCUCUGUGUACUAUCAGACUUGCAAUUAUGCACUCCUCUGGUGCUCCAAGUGAUCCACCAUGAGAAUGGAGGGGGCAUGCGCAAGGGGGAUUGCAGCAUUCUGCAGGGAUAAUUUUUUUUAUUUUUUCCAAAUACUGUACCUGCAUAUAUGAUGUCACCACCUGCUUUUUGUGCAUUACUGCUAAAUGUCAGUGUUUCUCCAGUAACCUAGUUGUUCAUGUCAUCAUGGAUAAAAGCAAUCUUUUCUAAGAGUUGUAGUUCAGCUAAAAGCAUGCAAAAGUAUGAAGCAAAUAUACGAAUUACAACUUUCAACUACCUCUGUAAUAUUCAUAAAGCUAAGCUGGGCAGGCUUUAAGGAAAUUGUCGGGUUUUUUUUUUUGGUUUCUUUAAAAGUGCCCUAUAAAGUUAUUGAAUCGUCUUGAUUGGUUGAUCACUUGCUUGCCUGGGCAGUGCUAACUGCUGAAAAUCUAAAGCUUGAGAUUUAAUUUCAAACACAGCAGCUUUAAAUGUGAGUAUCUUUUAACACUUUUAAAUUGUGCCAAUAUGCACUCCAUGUUUAUUUAAAUGUAACGCUCGUAAAACGUGCCCACUUGCCUUCCUGAACAACACAAAGGUGUUAGAAUAAAGAAACACCCUCCACUUUAUCAGUAGUGGAGCAGAAAACAUCUGGGGAGCUGUGAACACCAUGUUUUUAUAGAACUUCCACUUUUCCCCCCUGUUACCGUUCUCAUAGCACUUUGCUAGAUGGAUGUUUUAUAGAUCAAUAAAGGGGAUAGCUUUUUGGCACCGUAAGUGUCGGGAGCACUUCCACAUUAUAAUCAGCCAUAUGGAUGGAUGAGCACAAUGUCCUCCAUCAGGCUAACUGAGACUCAUGGGAAAUGUAGUCCAUAAUGCUGUGCUAAAAGUCUGCUUUAAAUGUGAUUGAUAAGGGCUUCAGACAUGAUGUGCCAGACCAGUGAUGACUAAUGUUGAAACCCUAAGCAUUUUGGAGUGCGUUUUUCCUAGAAAUGGGCUAACCCCAACAGCCUAUACAAGCUCCAUGAUCGACAGCCUAUACCUAGCCAAGUGCUGUCUAAGGGUAAUGACAUUUCUGUCUAGGGAGCUAUCUGUUAGAAAUGCAUUGCUUAUUGCUAGCAUUGAAAAAACAUUCCAAAAUCAGAUAGGAAAGGUUUGCCACCCAGGACCACAGACUGGAGGUUUUGGUAUGGAUAGUGGGGGUAUGAACAGCAGGGUUGGUCUCAUACCCCUUCUCUUUUUUUGCUUUUUAGGAUCUCUAUAUCUCUAUCCCUUUGUGAUACACCCUUACAAAGUAUUGUUUAACUUUGUUUAAAAUUAAAAUCUUAAAAAAAAAAAAAAAUUAAAAUUAAAAAAAAAACACACCCAGUAAGGUGUGUCCAGCUUAUGAAACAAAUGUUUUUUGUUUUCAGUAUAAAUAAAUACAGUUUUAACAUUUGAGCCGCUGUGUUUCGUGGCCUAUUGCUGUCCGUGAUAUAGCCCUACUUGGAUGUUGCAGAGUUAAAUGUCUGUUUCAGCCAAGCAUAAAUGAUUGUUUUGUUCCAAGAAAAAUACUCUUGAGCUGCAGUGAUAAGAAAAUGUUGGAUGAAAGUAUGCCAGAGCGUUGUCCGUGUCUUCAUGUGAACUCUCCGUGAUCUGUGUGGAAGCGAAAAUAGAGCCCUUGCAUAGCCAAGAGUAGUUCUGAGAACAUUACUGAAUGCAGGCGUCUAUGCUCUGACCUUUUAAAACAGAUCUGUUCAAGUAAAAUGUGACUAUGUACUGCCAGCCUCUCUGAUUAUACAGUAUUAAUCAUCACUGCAGUAUUACAGCUCAGCCAUUUUUGCGCAUUUGUCCAUUCUUGGUACUCCAGCAGGACAGCAAGUAGGCACAUUGCUGUGAGUGCUGCUGGCGUGCAAUCAGGAGGCCGAUGCUAUACGUUACUUCAACAUAUUCUAUUGCUUGACAAGUGCAGUAUAACUCUCGCUGUCAGCCAUGGAAAGCAAUAGUUCUUGUCUAUAAAAUAUAAACCCUGCCAGGGACUAUAUCACCCUUUAUAUUUGUAGCAUAUAUUUGGAGAAGCGUAGUGUCAGAAUGCGGACUGGAAUCACAGAAUUGGUCAUUUUCCAGAGUUUCCGAGCUAUAAGUAAUCUGAUUACCCAUUAGCAGUCAGAUAAUACUACGGUCUACUGAUCUAUCUGCAGCCAGUGAGUACUUGGUAAGGAUAGCCCUAUGCUGGUAAAAUGUUUUUGAGUAUCACAUUAUCAUGCACGCUUUUUAGACUGAACAUAAUGCCUAUAUACCGGUUUUCCCCAAAAAUAAGACCUCCUCUGAAAUUAAGCCCUAGUUUAUUUUCAGGGGAUGCUUGUAAUAUAAGAUGUACCCCGAAAUUAAGCCCUAGUUGAGAUGGUUGCUAAUUCUGUAAUCUAUGUUCAGGGAAGUUUCCCCAAACAUGCAUUCGUGAGAUUUCAUGCGCUAGUAAGCUAAUCUAUGUUUGGGGGAAUUCCCUUGAACGUAGACCUGCUUUCUUGCUACAGUUUUCCCCUGAAAAUUAAGAAAAAAAUAAAAUAAAAUAAACUACUUUUUUUUACAUUUAUUUAUUUUUGAAUGCCUCUGGAAUAAAAUAGGUCUAGGCUUUUUGUUUCUAAAUUAUUGCAAAGCCUGCCUUUUAUAUAGCAGGUUUGUGCAAACUGACUUAUCUCUGCUUUUAUCAUAUACUGCCUGGUCCUUCUGUAUUUUUAUGCUCCUUACAAUGUGUUUUUUUUUUUUUUUUUUUCUCCUUUUGAAAAAAUGUGUCCUUCUGUUCAGCACUGACUGAUUAAAACUGUAUAAGCUUUCCCAAGCGUUCCUUCAAGUUAAGUGUAUGUCCAUCUGGAAAGUACUUAUGGCUCAACUGGGAUAGGGUGCGGUGUGCAUUCAUGCACAGCUGCUAUUGGAGUAUUCGAUAAGAAUAUAAAGAGACAAUCUCUAACCUAGAGUAGUUUGGGUGGAUUUUUGUGGCUUUGUUUUGUUUUUCUCCAGAGGACAGCCUUUUGUUAGUGCGAUAGACCAGUUUUAAAGGGAAAUUUCUUAAACACUCCCUUCCUUAAAUCACAUUUUAUUCCAGAAUUAAAUACUGCAAAAAUAGCUAUGAACCAGCAUAGCAGAUCCAAAUGCCUUAAGAUAAAUCCUAUUUUAUUGCAAAAAUACUGGACAUUUUAUGGUGGAAUCCAUAGUAAACUUGAUUUUUUUAAAUUUUAUAUAUUAUGUUAUAUAAUUUAUUUAUUUUUCCUCCUUCUGAAAUGAACUUCCAUUUGUUCUGUUUCCUUAAAUCUUAGGUCUGCAAAGCAUAAUGGGAAUAUGUUUCUCUGCAAUAGCUGUAGGACUACACUAUGGUCAUUCCUGUUUAAAAGCAAUUGAUGGGAUAUAUGGCUUUGGAGGGCUGGCUUAAAUCUUAAAGGAACAGUGUAGUAACCCAGACAUCUCAAUGAAGUUGUCUGUGUGCAGUGCCCCUGUCCUCUUAACCCUGCAAUGUAAAACACUUUUGAGAAACUGCAGUAUCUAAAUUGCAGGUUUGAGUCCACCUUACAGCCACUAGAGCAACUUCCGCUGCACUGACACAGUAACGUGACAUGGAGGCCUGUUAAGAAAGCAUUGUUUCACUGUUUUCCUAAGGGGAAGUAAAAAUUAGCAUUAGGUCACCCAGCGCUUGACGUUUCAAAAAGGUAUAUACAUUUUUUUUAUUUUAUUUUUUUUUUUAUUCUGAAAAAGAAUAGGGACAGGGACACUGCAGCACUAGAAAUACAGAUUUGUUUUCUUAAAGGGAUACCAUAGUGCCAGGAAUACAAAGCUGUAUUCUUGGCAAUGUAGCUCCCUCUGCCUCCCUGAUCCCAGCGCCGGGUCGCAGCUCCUCCUCCGAUGUCAUUCGUGCAAAGCGUGAGGGCGUUAAGCGUACCAAAAGUCUGGUAACAUUCCAGAAGCACCAAUAGAGGCUGUCUUAACCCUGCAAUGUCAACGUUGCAGUUUAUCUUAAACUGCAAUGUUUUACAUUGCACCAAUAAGUUCAAUAGGGACACUGUACACAGACCACUUCAAUGAGCUGAAGUUGCCUAUUUGCCCACAGUGUCCCUUUAAGUGCUUUAUCAUUGCACAGAAGGUGAAAGAGAAAUGUACAGGGAUUAUGUACUUUAGUGAGAAUGCAAAAUGUGUUUCAAAUUUGAUGGCCAAUGUAAAAGCAUAGCUGAUUUUAAAGAAUUAUUUUACAGUAUUUCUAUUGUGACCUUAAAUUUGCAGUUCACUUUGAAUUCUCACUAUAACUCGGACAGUUUGUGUAAUCUUACUGAAUUACAAAGAGUUAAACUGUGUGCUUGUAAAUAUAUAUUUUUUUUUUAUUUUUUAUUUUAUUUUUUAGCACUGCGCAUGUAAUGAUAUUCACAGCAUCAGUCUCCUAUUCUUUACUUUUAUGGACUCAGUUUACCAGAUCAAUCUGCGGUGGGCAGAAAUCCAAUCAAGACUAUUUACAAAGCUUAUUGUAGAGCAUCUGUUUAUUUACUAUCAGUUCUAAGACCUAAUGAAAUACCCUUGAGUCUUUUAUUAAUUUACUAAAUGAUCAGUAAUGAUUUGCUCUCACUUAAGCUUUACCGGAAAGUCUCUAAACCUCACAAGUGCUAAACAAGUGUGCAGGCUACUGCCCUGCUUACAGAUGAUUUUCUGAUUCCCAACGCAAAUCAUACCAGCCACUUCACCUGCUACACUUCAAACAGUAGUAAAAGACUGUUUAAAAAAAAAUAAAUACAAUUCAUUUUUUUUUUUUUUUUAAACUAAAUUGUGAAUUGAGUGAAUAGAAAACUGUGUUGCAAAAAUCAGGCUAAAAAACACACAAGUAGUCACUGUAUCGAAGUUGUUGUAGUUGUCAAACUCUUGUGACACGUCUCAAAUGAUGCUCCCUUGAUAAAAGCACACACGCCGAAACGUUGGGGGCUUUUAUUUGAUUUUUCACCCUCUUCUCACUCAUUCCGAGAGUUUAUUUUUUUUCCUGAUAUGUAUUAAUUGUUGGGCAUUAUUUUCAGGUGUCUAAGUUUUGUAUCCGGAUUGAUACUAUUGAUUCCUAGUAUUGAAUAUUGAUUAUGUUUAUCUGUGAUUAGGAUAUAUUAUUUAUAUUCAUUGUGUAUACGUGUUUUUAUUUGUGCGUGUGUAUGUAAAGGCUUGGCCUGCAGUUGUGGGAGGGGCAUGGUACCUAUUUAAACCCCCCUACUUACCUUCCUCCGUCCCAUACGUUUGUUUUUUUAGCGACUCGCAUGUCGCUUUUUCCGGCCGUCCUUGCCUCCCCUUUGCCUGGUACCCAUGGCUCUGUUGCAUGGUCUGCUGUUUCCCGGCUGCUCGUUUGUCCGCGGUCCUCCUGGGUCUCUGGUCCCUCUCUUGCCGUCCGGUGCGGUUGUGGUGGCCUCCGCGGGCAUCCUGCUUGCUGUAGUCUUGUGGGCAGGUGGAGAUGUCUUGCGGGUAUGCCUCUGCCGUGGCUCCGCGGUUGGCUCGGCUUGCUGCCCAUUCUCUUUCCGGCGGGUGGAUCAGUGUUUCUGUCCAGGAGAGGAUCCGGGUGUGGGGUUGUGUCGCAGGGGGAGAGAGAGAUUGCAGAGGUGCAGCCUUUCCUGAAUUCGGGUGUUGGGUUGUCCAGGUCCAACGGAGCAGGUCUGUCUCCAGUGCAGCUGUUCAUGGGCAAGGGGGGGUUGUGCCGAGUGCAGCUAGGGGAGGAAUGUGGGGGUGUGUUGCUGUGCCGGUGAAGGAGGGAAUGCUUGCAGGGCUGUCUCUUGCUCCCAGUGCUGCAGGUCUUUUUGAUUCACCGGCUGGGGGCACCCAGCGGGUGAGCUCGGAGGCUAUCUGCGGGAGUCACUCGGGGAGCGGCCGGUGCGGGGUGGUCCUUUUUCCGGGUCUUGGUUCUACGGGGUCGGGGGAGCUUGGAUGUCCCGGGGACUGGUGAUGAGAGACCAGUGUUUUGUCUGCCGGGACUGGAGAGGGGCGCGGGCUGUCUGCCCUGUCGGUGAGGGUUGGGAGUCGGUUUGUCUCUGCUGGGAGGGAGGAUGACAUUCGGGGUGGCAGUCUGAGCGGUAUACUUGCCACUCUGUGGAACGCACAGUCAGACUCUAACCAAAUCUAAUACUUGCUCUUAAAGGGGAAAAGAGCUCCCCUUACACCCAUAAACUGGUAUUACAAUUUUGGAUAUAUCAUUUUGCCCACGGCACUGUCGCAUGUGCACUUAUGCGCUCACUGGCGGUCAUGCAUCCAUUUGGCUACAGUUUGUGUUUGGGGGCAGUUUCGGGAGGAAGGUAGGGACCAUUAUAAUAGGUCUUAACUAGUGAUGUCCCGAACGGUUCGCCGCGGACUCAUCAUUGAGUAAACUUUGACCCUGCACCUCAGUCAGCAGACACAUUCCAGCCAAUCAGCAGCAGACCCUCCCACCUCCUGGACAGCAUCCAUUUCAUUGUGAAGCUGCAUUCUUAGUGAGCUUUUUGUGUGUGACUUUCUGCCUGUUUGUUUCAAUCAUCUCUCCUUAUAAACACUCAGAUACUCCAUCUCAUUGAAGUAAUCUGGGAGAAGUGCCCCUGUUCCCUUAACCAUGCAAGUGAAUACAUUGCAGGGUUAACAACCAUUAGUGGCUGUCUACUAUACAGCCAGUAGACAGGCUUCCCGGCCUCUCACAGAGUUUAACUUCGUGAAACGACAUUGGACGUCCAGCAUCUUUAAAAUCCCUAUAGGAAAGCAUUGAUUCUAUCAUUUACUAGGUGGAAGCUCUGAUGUUGCAUAUGUGCAUUAGGUUCCUCCAUCAGCAUGUCACUGAAGGAGGUGAUCGAUCCAGCGUCAAGGGACGUUAAGGGGAGUAUUAAAACGGUUUCUAUCCCUUUCAAACAGGGGGUGCUAAGGCUUCUCAGUUAUUCCACGUGCUUUCUGUUAAUUUCUACACCCAGCACAACUAGUUUAGAUAAUAAAUGCCUCAUACAUAGAGGGUGUGUGUGUGGGGGGGGGGGGAAGAUGUCUUUACAAACAUUGUGUGAAAUGCCUAUAGUAUAAUGAUGGAUUUUGGCAAUGGCUGCCAAUUUGCAUCAGCCAAGCAAUGUUGCUUAGCAAGAAAUGGGCUGUUAAUUUGAAUGUCCAAGAUGUGUUGGUUAGCAGUUGUGUAGAAAAUGGAGCAACUGAACACGCCUUCUUGCGUCUUCUACAUAUUUUUUUUUUUUUUUUACGGCAUAUGACUAAUCUAAAAAAACACUGUCCGAGGUAUGUGGUAUUCUAAAACGCUCUUCAUCAUGAGUCUUGGUGGUCAUUUAGUAGAUAAGUCGUUCUGAUGAAAAGGCAACAAAAAUCAGUAAACGGCUGGGUGCUACUCCUAAAUGCUUAUGGAACCAUGAGAUAGAAUUUGAAUAUUAAAUUUUCUUCUUACAAAGUCAUCACUUUAUCUUUAUAUUAAAAAAACAAACAAAAUAACAUUAUUAAAACUAACCUGUAUUGCACAUGCCAUAGUGCCCCUCUAGUUGUAUUAAGGUAUUUUCUUAUUCUUGUUUCUACAAAACUGCAAUGUUUUAAUUGCAGGAUUAUCAGGAUAGUGCCACUGCACCCAUACCAAUUUACUGAGAUGAAGUGGUCUUGUUGACCAUAGUGUCGCUCUAGUAAUGACAUACAUGUAUCUUGAAUAAUCAGCCUGCACUUCAUCUUUUUAAUUUUUUUUUUGUAUGUGUGUAGAAGAAAAAAGACCAAAACAACAAAUGAUCUUUAAGUGAAAUUAACCCCAGACACCGUUAAGAUCUACUUAAUUUGCAGAUGGAACACUUAACGUAAUUGAUCAUCCCAGAGCAUCAGCCUUAACAUAAUUGGAACUGUGUGGGUGGUUUGGCCAGCACUAGAUCAUUUAGGCAACACAAACCACAAAAAGAGACCUAUUGAAAGGAAUAAAGAUGACAUUCCUUGAACAUGGGCAAAAAAAAAACCAAACAAACAUUUUAGCAUGAACUGUCUUCUAUACUAAUGCACAGGUCAGGACACAACGCAUACUGACUUGUUUGAAAAGCAACAAAUAUUGUGCUUUUAAUUUUGUAAUUUUCUGUGUUUUUUUUCUCUUCGUUUACGUGUUUUUUUUUUUCUUUUCUUACUAUAUUUUUACAUUCCUCAGAUAAAUGGCUUUGUAUGUGUUUAUGCUUCUAUUCUAUCUCUUGCCAUGGUAUCUUUCGAAUUGGACUGCAUUUUUGUAACUUUCAUUUCCCCUGGGUUUUCAGUGGCAGGGGCUGCAAAGAGGUGUUUUAAUAUUUGUAAGAGUUUUUAUUCCUUUUUUUUUUCACACCUUCUUGUUCAUUGAUGGAUUUAAGCUGUUUUUUGCUUUGUUGCUUGGCAAUGCAUGGUCGCUUAUCCUUGCACUUUCGCCUGCAUUUUUCCAAGCAUUGUCUUUUUUUUUUUUUUUUCUCCUCCAAUAAAUAAAUGCAAUAUGAAUUUUUUUGUUUUUGGAGGAAUGAUUGAAAUAACUGUGAAUGAAAGUAAAAAACCUAGCUGACUUGACACCAGCAAAUUAUCACAGCGAAAAUCAAAGCAAUGCUGCUUCUUUGUAUCGGUACUGUAAUAUGAAACACUGCUUGAUGUUUUCUUCAUUUUGAAGGCUUUCAUCAGGGUAGUCUGUCACAUCACAGAUAUUGAGGCAGUGCAAUUUUUAAUAAUCCUCAAAUGGGAUUAAAUAAAACAAAUUAUUCUUCCCACACAUACGUGUAUCUGUUCAAAUUUUUAAGGUGUUCAGUUUAAAUCUAUAUCCGUUUUAACUAAUGCUAAUUAGUACUAUGUACCUGUGCAAGAUGAUAUCGGCCCAUAUCUUCCUAGUCUACUUUUUGUUUUAUUUCUUUCGCCUUCCCCUUCUAAUCUUCUUGUUCAUGUACAAACUGCAUGCAUCCCAAGUAUUUGUUUUGAAUAUUUUUAUUGUUGUCAUAACACAUGUGCAGGUAGCAUCUUGAGUAGUGAAGUAAAGGUUGCCCACGCAGGGGCGCAAGGUUGCAUUACAUACAUUUGUUUGCGUUCCGUCGCCUAGACAGAGGCUGGUUGGUCAUUGCAUGCAUAAUACAGCAGAUAUAUGCAUAAUUAGUUACUCGCAUUUUACAUCUGUAUGACUUGCAGUGUAACUAUAUUACAGUUGCACCUGUGCAUAUUGUUUUGAGUGUUUCUGCUUAAUCUUGUACUGUUUUGCUCUGGUGCCUGUGCUUGCAAGCUACCUGUGCGUCUGAAUAUCUGUUGCUUUGUGUAGUUUGGUGUUCCAUGGUCGUGUGCGUCUAUUUGUGCACUGCGUUUGUCACUGUACGUGUUCUGAUGGGUGUUCCCCUUUGUGUCUGGUUUUAAGGGCUUCGGUUAGGGGUGUGUGUGUGUGGCGUGGCCAACUUUUGGUUCUGUGUCUCCCAUGUGUGUUACUGAUCUGAUGUAUGUCUGCUCGGUCAUGUUGGUGUGAUGGAGGAGAAAGGCGGCUGGGGACCACGGGAGCGUCUCGUCUGUUAAUUCGUAUAUUAUAUCUCUAAUUGUGUCCCAGAAGGGCCGGAGCCGUGCACAUGCCCACCAGAUAUGUAGAAACGUGCCUGUUUCCUCCAUCUCUAGCAGGUGUCUGGUAUACCUGGGUUCCUGACUUGGAGCGCUGUCGGUGUCAGAUACCAUCUGGUGAGUAUCUUGUAAGAGUUUUCUUGCAGGCGUGCUGAGCUUGGUGUUUUUUUUUAUUAGGGUGAUGCCCUUGUCCCAGUCCGCUUCUGACAUGGUCUCGUCUAGGUCUUCUUCCCAGUUCCUUAUGCAGGGCGGUGCCAAUAUGUACCUACUAGUGACCAAUAUUGUGCAUAUCUGUGAGAUGGCUCGGGGUGUUCCUGUGGUUCGCGUGCACAGGUUUUCGAAUUGUGUAGUUUCUCUCAGUAGGGAUGGUUUUUGUGGGAUGGAUCGGGCAUAUUGGGAGAUUUGCGCUCUUGCCAGUGAGUGGUCUGUCCGGGAAGAGUUCUGUUAACGGCCGAAUGCCGAACGGGUGCACAAGGAUGUCUGCCAUGCGAGGAAUUGUUGGGUGUCCUGCUGGGCCCGGUGUGGGGCCAAGGUCGCCUGCUGGGAAGUCUGGGUUGCCUCUUAGUGGCAACAGCGGGCCUGGAUCUGUUGUCAGGUAGUGUUUUGUGCCCUGCCUGUGCCAGACCCUCAUGGUUGCCGCCAUGAAGGGGUUAGUGAUGUGUUUGCGCCUGUACGCCGCCGCGGAUAUUCAAGGCAGUGUCCAGAGGUCACAGUUGGUGGUAUCGGAUUCCAGUUGGGUCCAUGGUUUUGUGCCGCUGGCUACCGUCCAGCUGAUGACUCGUGUAAGAGAUGCUGCGUGAUAGUAUCUUUAAAAAUCGGGGAGCGCUAGGCCCCCUCGGAGUUUGGGUACGAUUAGCUGGGUAUACGCUAUGCGUGGGGGUCUGCCUUUCCAUAUAAACGUGUGGACCUCUUCCUUCAAUGCCUUGAAGAAUUUUUGUGGGGCUUGUAUCGGUACUGUUUGGAACACAAAGAGUAGUUUGGGUAGUAGUGUCAUCUUGACCGCAUUUAUCCUCCCCAGCCAUGAGAUGUAAUAUGGGCUCCAUCUAUGCAGUUCCUCCGUCACUUUUUUUUUUUAAUAUGGGGAGGUAGUUUUGUGUGUACAGGUCUGCCGGAUUGGAAGUAAGCCAAACCCCCAGGUAUCGCAUGCGGUGGUCGCACCAGCGGUAUGGGUGGUGCCUCUGAAGUGUAUGUCUGUCCGUGUGUUUGAUGGUUAAGUUCAGUAUCUCUGAUUUUGAAUAAUUAAUUUGGAGGUUUGAGAUUCGUCCGUAUUCCUCAAAUUCUGUCUGUAUCGCUGGUAAGGAAGUUUCUGGGUUCGUGACUACGAACAGCAUAUCGUCUGCGUACGCUAGCGUUUUGUGAUGUGUGUUUCCGAUUGUAAGCCCCUGGAUGGCGGCAUUGUGUCUGAUCCUGUUUAGGAAUGGCUCCAGUGUCAGUGCAAAGAGUAAUGGCGAUAGUGGACAGCCUUGUCUGGUCCCGUUAUGUAUCCGGAAUGGGUCUGUCAGUGCACCGUUAAUCCUGAUUCGCGCCGUCGGGCUGGUGUAUAGUGCCUUCACCCAAAUGCCGUACCUUUGUCCUACUCACAUGGCGUGGAGGGUUUCCAUCAUCAUGUCCCAGUCCACCCUGUCAAAUGCCUUCUCUGCGUCUGUGGACAAGAGAAGGGUUUGGUUCUGUUGGGUUCUGACGUGUGCUAUGAUGUUCAGGGCUCUGAUGGUGUUGUCCCUCCCCUCCCUGCCAGGGAUUAACCCUGUUUGGUCCGGAUGUAUUGUGGCCGGUAGUAAUGGCGCCAGUCGUAGCGCCAGUAUGCUGGCCAGAAGCUUGAUGUCAGUGUUCAGCACCGAUAUUGGGCGGUAGCUUGAGCAUAGUGUUGGGUCUUUUCCCUCCUUUGGGAGUAGAGUAAUAUUCGCCGAGGUGAAUUGGGCGGUCGGUGUGGCUCCCUCUUGUAUGGAGUUCAGGGCUUUCAGUAGUUUCGGCAUGACGUCUUGUGCGAAAACUUUGUAGUAUUGAAGGGGCAGCCCGUCUGGUCCCGGUGCCCUGCCUGUUUUUGCCUUCUUAAUGGCGUAUGCCAUUUCUUCCGGCGUGAUGGGGGCUUCUAGUGCUUCUCGGUCAGCCUCUGAUAUUUCUGGAAUAUGUGCCGAGUCUAGGUAUCUGUGUAUGUCGAUGAGUUUGUUCGGUUGCGGUUCUCCCGGUUCAUCUCGCCGGAGGUGGUAUAGGCCUUGGUAAUAUGUGUGGAACUCUGUUGCGAUCUGGUCCGGGAGGUGCUUAAGUCGUUGCUGCGUGUCCUUGAUCUUUGGGAUGUAUAGUUGGGUUUUACGUUUUUUCAGAAGGUUUGCCAGCAGCCUCCCGCAUUUAUCCCCGUGUUCAUGUAUCAUGUGUCUGUAGUGUUGGUAGGAGCGUUGAAUUGCUCGGUUGAGGUGUGUGGUGAGUUGGUUUCGUUUGGCCGUGAGUUCUCUGUAUGUCAAUGCGUCGAGGGUGCGUUUGUGCCUGGUCUCUAGGGUUGCGAUGUCCUUGCUAAGCUCGAGCGUCUCCCGCAUUGCUGCAUUUUUGCGGGUUGCGCAUAGCGCGAUGAUCUGGCCUCUGACUAUCGUCUUGUGAGCUUCCCAGCAUGUUAGUGGUGUCACGUCAUCCAUCUCAUUGUUUUGGAAAUAAUCUCGUAUGGAGUUACUAAUCUUGUCUGUUACUAUCACGUCCGAGAGGAUCGAUUCGCUUAGUCUCCAUGACAUCUGCCGGGGUCUGUAUAGCGGCGAUUUCAGCCGCAUUCGGAUCGGGCAGUGAUCUGACCAGGUCAUUGGCAGGAUCUCCGCGGCGUUAAGCAGGUUUAGAUUGUGGUGUGUCAUUAGGAAAUAAUCCAGUCUUGUGUAUGUUGAGUGUGCCGAUGAGUAGAAGGUGUAGUCUCUGGUAGUUGGAUGCAAUGCUCGCCAGCAGUCCGCCAACUGGUGGUGGUGUAGGAGGCGGAGUGUUUUCGCAUGUCUGUUGUGUGGUGUUGCUCCAUGUGGAGACGUGGAGUCCUGAUCCGGGUGUAGUGCCAGGUUUAGGUCUCCUCCGAUGAUCAGGGUGCCUUCCGUAAACUUCUUCAGAGAGCUCAUAGUGCUCUGGAGGAAAUGGUAUUGUUUUGUGUUCGGGGCAUAUAUGUUGGCGAAUGUGUAAGUUUGAUCUAAGAUAGUGCCUUUAGUGAAAAUAUAUCUGGCUUGUUCUAUGUAUGGGGUUCUGCUGGAAAAUAGAAUGCAUACUCCCUGCGUUCGUCUAUCUGGGUUGUUACUGAAGUACCCCGUUCAAAAGUUUCGGUCUUUCAGGGCCGGUGCCCUGCUCUCCUGAAAGUGCGUUUCUUGGAGAAACGCUAUUGAUGUCCUGUAUUGUUUCAGGUCUCUCAGGAGUCUCGUGCGCUUCUCUCUGACAUUGAGGCCCUUUACAUUGUAGGAGAUUAUGUUUAAGUCCUCCCUUAUCUGUAGGGUCCCUGUGAACUGUCCGGUAGUGGACAAUUGUCCCGGUGAAUUGACCGGUGAGCCCAGCCGAUUGGUGGGCGCGGGUCGUUUCCGGGAGUUGUACGCUCCCUAUAUAUCGGGGGUUCCUGUGUCCUAUACCUUUGGGGGUGUCGGGCAACUCGUCCGUGAUGGACUGGUUCGUCUCGUGUCGUGUAUAAUAGGUUGUACUGUUCGUAGUUUUUGGUCCUUCGUCUCCUAGGUGGCUGUGUGGCUGAAGCUCUGUCCGCUCUGUGUCUCGUUUUGUGUUGGGCGUGAGUCUGUUGGUGUGUGGCGUGCUGGGCUGUGUAGGUGCUGCCUUUGCCGCUAUCCUGCGGCUUCUCCGUGUCGGAUUUGCGUUGCCGUGGGCAUGUUGUGCCCGGUGGGGUUGUGCCUCGUGAGCUGUUUAGAUUAAGGUCAGUCUAAGCUGGGUUGACAGUGUGGGAGCACUGCACGUCCCAUGCCCCUACGUCUGGGUACAGUUAGGCUGUCUUGCCCCUUCCCCACCUCCCCCCUCUUUUCUUCUCUGUUCGUUUUUGCUCGUUUUCCCCCUCCUUCCCUAGCCACCCCCUCUCCUCCCUCUCCCUUCCCUCUCCCCCAUUCCUCUUCCUUCCUGUCCCUCUUAUGUGUAUCCUGUCGGUCCGUGUAUUUCCUCCUUCCUCUCCCUCCUGUCCCCAUAUCUCGUCUUGCUCCAGUCUCGAUGUUAGCUCCUGUCUUGUCUCCCUCUCCCUACCCCUCAGUGACAUUCCCCGCAUUCCUGCCUCCCUCGGGGUCAAUGGUUGGUUUAUUAAAAUAUUUCAAUGUCUUAAACGUCUUUCUUAUUUGCACCUCCUGUUGCGGGUCUGCGAAGGUGUUGGCUGGUCUGCCCGUGUGCCUCUUGCGUUGGCGUUUGCACAUCUCCCCGUCCCCCUCCCCAAAAUGUCCUGUCCCCCCCUUACGCAUGGUAUGUUUGGUGGUAUGGGGUCAUCCUGGGGCUUGUCCUCUUGGGGUAUAGUCCCCCGUGAUGUAUGGUAGAGGUGGCAGCAAAUAAAUACUUCCCUCUCUCCCCUGCGCUCCUUAGUUCCCCAUUCCCCACCCCAAUUCUUGCUGACCUGUGUGAUGUGUAUGGGUAUGUCCCUUCGGUUGGUACUCACGGUUCGUUCAGGCUUUUCUUUGGUGCCUGAGUCCCCUUCCCCAUCCCCCGGCUUCGCUGUGUGGUGCUUGGUCAUUGCUCCCUCCUUGCUGGGCCCUGGUUCCAGUCACGUUGUCGCUGUUGCUGGGGUCUUUGCGGGCCUGCGUUGGGUCUGCGUGGAAAUUGAGGUCCUGGUGCUUGUUGGAGAAACGAUUUCGCCAGCCAGUCUGGGACCUAUUGUGGUGGGAGGCCUAGGCUACGUAGGAAUCCCGGGACGUCUCCCGGCUUUCUUACUAUUAGUUGGUCUUGUCAGUGUCUUGCCGAGAGCGAGAACGGAUAGCCCCAGCGGUACUGGAUGCCUGCCAGUUGUAGGGCUGAUGUCACCGGGCGCAGGGCUCUCCUGGCUUGUAGGGUGUAUCUGGAUAAAUCUUGGUAGACGGAGAUGUCUGGCCUUCCAUGCGGACGGCCCCCAUGCGGCGGGCUGUGCAUAAAAUAUUUCUUCUUUAAGGUGAUAGUUGUCAAGGCACAUAUGAUGUCCCUGGGUUGUUCUUCGGGUGCUGGUAGGGGUCUUAGAGCCCUGUGUGCGCGGACCAGGCCAAUUCUGGGUACUUGUUGACCACCCAAUACGUGGGUAAAAAUUUGUCUAAGCAGUUCUGGCACGUUCUCUGAGGGGCCCCCCUCCCGCACUCCGCGGACCCGCAGGUUCAGUCUGUGGCCACGGUUGUCUAAAUCAUCGACCCACGUGGUAAGGUAGGCUAUAUCAGCCUCUUGGUUCAUAACUGCUGUAUUAGUUUGCUCUAAAUCUGUUCUCAGUGCCCUAGUCUCGGUUUCCGCCACGGCCAUGCGGGCCUCCACAUUCGCCAUGUCGGCGCACAGCUGGGCCACCUCCUCACGGACCACACGCCCAAGGCGGUCUGAGAGGGCCUCGAAAUCUGAUUUGGUGAGUAGUUUUGGUAUGAUGUCUCUCCACUCACCAUCUUGCUGCUGUGGUUCUGAUAGUGUUGGGGAGAAUCUGGCUGGGGUGGAUGGGAGUGACUCGAGGGUCUGGCUUGCGGCCUCCAUCUCCCGUUGCGGUGUCUGCGCCCGGGAUGCAGCUUGCAGGUAGGACCGGAUCGUUUGUUCUCCCCCGUGUCCCGAGGGUCUAGGGGUGCUGCCAGGGUCUGCCUGUCUCUUUGUGCGGCCCAUCUGCGGUGUGUGGGUGAGCUAGGACGGCUGUGUGAUGCGGAUGCCACGAGGAGCUCCGGGUUUAAGCGGCCAUCUUCGUCAGCUGCCGGACACGCCCCCCCAUCCCAAGUAUUUUUGGUCUUCUGGUAUAGUUCUUCUUUGAAACAUUUGUAAAGCAGUGCCAGAAUGUUUGCUGUCCUGUACUGAAAUACACUGUACGGCUGUAACACUUAAAGGGACACUGUGGGCACCCAGACCACUUCAGCUUCUUGAGGUGGUUUGGGUGCACUGUCCCAGGUCCCUUAACCCUGCAAUGGUAAAAAUUGCAGUUUUUCAGAAAGCACAGCCUGAACCAGCGCUGAAGGAUAUCGGCACUGGAAUCAUGUAAGUGACCAAAGGUGUAUUUGUUUGUUUUUUGUCUUUUUUGUUUUUGUUUUUUAAACUCCGUCUGCACCGGCGGGUGAGGUAGGAAGGAUGAGGCAUUAUAGGGUGCUGUAGUGCCAGGAAAACUUUUGUUUUCUUGGUACUAUAGUUUCUCUUUAAUCCAAGGCCACCUGCAGCAUGCGUGCCGUUGCUUGUUUGGCUGGCGACUUUUAUGGGAAUAUUGAGUUAAUACAUCUAAUAUUAUAGAACUGUCUGCCCCCAUGUUUAUACACAUCCCAACAGUAGUCACAACUUCCCCUUAUUUGUAGGGGGCACAUUUUGAGCCUUAUGGGGUGAUAUCAUUGACCUUUUUUGAGCGUGUAUGUUUUGUAAGUGAGUGUGUGUGUAUGUCUGUCGCUGAGUGUGUCUGUCAGUAAAUGUGUGUUUGUUAGCUAGUGUGUAUGCGUCUGUAAGUGAGAGUGUGUGUGUGUGUCUUCAGCACUUACCUUUCUCCAGCGCCAGACUCCCUUGGCGCUAGGGAUCCCUCAGCCUCUCAGCUCCGAAUGCGACCGCGCACGCAUUCAAACCGCCCAUGGGAAAGCAUUACUCAAUGCUUUCCUAUGGACAUUCAGUGUGCUUCUGUAGUGGUUGUCAGACAGCCACUAGAGGCUGGAUUAACCCUCAGUGAAACAUAGCAGUUUCUCUGAAACUGCUAUGUUUUCAGCUGCAGGGUUAAAACUAGAGGGACCUGACACCCAGACAACUUCAUUGAGCUGAUGUGAUCUGGGUGUCUGUAGUGGUCCUUUAAGUGUGUGUGCAUCUGCAUGCACUGGCGUACAUACCGCGGUCGCAGCCUUGUAACCCCUGCGACCAGGUGCCCACCGCCAUGUGUUGCGGCCCGGCCCGGCCCGUGCGCACGGGGGGCCCACGGAUCAAUUUUCCCACCAGGGCCCCAUGGGUCAUGUGUACGCCACUGCCCCUGUCUCGUCUUUCCUCCAAGCUAUACAUUUGAAGAUCCUUUAACCUUUCCUUGUAAGUUUUUUUUAUCGUGUAAUCCAUGAACCAGUUUAGUAGCCCUUCUCUGAACUCUCUCUAAAGUAUCAAUAUCCUUGUGGAGAUACGGUCUCCAGUACUGUGUACAAUACUCCAAGUUCAUUCUUCAUUCCAGGAAUGGGUCUUAAAGGACCACUAUAGUGCCCUGAGGGUGCCCCCACCCUUAGGGUCCCCCUCCUGCCGGGCUGAAGGGGAAGUAAAGGGGAUAAAAACUCCCCUUUCUCCAGCGCCGGGCUCCCUCGGCGCUGGGGACUCUCCUCCUCCUUUGGCCGUCAAAAUCAGUGAGGUGUCCUACUCUUCUCCUCCUUUGGCUGUCAAAAUCACAGUGAGAUGCGCAUAAGCGCCUCUAGCGGCUGUCAAUGAGACAGUCACUAGAGGCUGGAUUAACCCAUAUGUAAACAUAGCCGUUUCAGAGAAACUGCUUCGUUUACAGCAGGCAGGGUUAAUCCUAGAUGGAUCUGGCACCCAGACCACUUCAUUAAGCUGAAGUGGUUUGGGUGCCUAUAGUGGUCCUUUAAGGUGUGAUUCUCUUUGUAUUUGAGUCUUUGUUGCAAGAUGAGGGUAAAAACCUAUAGAUGACCUGUUUUUUUUUGUUAUUCAGAACAUUGAAUAUAAGGAAAGAGAUACUUCCUGACAUGCAGAUUCCAAAAAUGUCUUGAACACGUGCAGCAAUUCCUAUAAUUAGGUGACCCGUAUAAACAAAGAAUAUAAAUAGGGGCAGUGAAGAAAGCAAAAUCUACUUUCAUUCAUACGCGAGGAAAGCCGGAUUCUGAAAAUAUUCAUUUAGGUAAUUUCCUGAGGAAAAGUCGUGUUUUGGAUGCACGCCAACAUUCCACUGUGUGUGUACCCUGGAGCUGCAAUGUACAGGCGUGCAUCCUUCCCUCCUUGGCAUAAACUGAAAGCGCAGGAUCAUCCGUCACAUUCCGUUAGUGCCCAAUCCAGCCAUCUGUUCCCAAAAAAGAUGCCUCAAAAUGUGCAAACACACCUCGAAGGCAACAUUCAGUUUAUUCCUGCAGGCUUCUGGGUUUUUAUUUUUUGUUUCUUUUUCAAGCUGCCACUACAUACUUUGUAUUGCCAAAUACUUAACCUUCAGGACUUGUGGCUCUCUGUUAUUCAAUAAAAUUAUAUUUUCAAAAAAAUUUCCAAUAAAGUAUGGUGAUAGGUUCUUUAUUGGCAAUAGUAAAGCUGGUACCUAUCCUGCCCAUUAACCCGUACACCAUCAGUUUUGCAAGGAAUAUGUAAAACUACGUGGAACAUUUCUUCAGUUGCCCACGUUUUCCUUGUGAAAUUUUUUUUUCUUUAUCUCUACUGAACAUAUCUGCAAAUAUGAGUGACAAACAGGGACACUUUCAUUUUAGGAGUGUGAGGACGUAGCUAGGGGUGUGGCUGUACUGAGAUAUUUUAGGUGUCCUACUAAUAAUUUUUGGACAUUGUGUCUUUGUCCCUGUAGUGUUCCUUUAUUCGUUGCACACCAUUUCUUCUAAAAAUGUAGAUUCUCAAAAUUGUUUUUUUGUGCAUGUGCUGUAGUUUGGAUAAUUAUUUGCAGAUUAAACAUCUUAAAACCAACUACGCUACCAAAAAUGUUUUCUUCUCUAUACGUGAAAAGAACACCACAAUUACCAUAACCAGUAAAGCCCACUGCAGUUGUUCUUUUGCCCUCCCAGAGUAAUUUGUCAUACCGUUAAGGACCACAUGAUAGUCUAUGCAGUUCAGGGCUUUAAUGCCCAAUGACUGUUAAAUCACUGCUGGUACCAAGGAUGUCCUCUUUGUCAUUAGGGGCACACAAUUAGUGGUCUCAAACUGACUGACAGAGCAACGUACAAAACAUAGGUCUUAAAAUUUAUUGAAAUAGCAUGGCUGAGCGCAAUCAUGCUCAGCUUUGGAAAUUUCAAAUGUGGCAAGAAACAUUGUGGGUGUCGUUUUUUGUUUUUGUUUUUUUACUUCUUAAUGUUUUCUAUUUAUUAUUGCAAUAUGUAUACAUGUAGGGUAUCAAGAGAGCCCUAUUUCUGCUUUAAAGAAGAAUAUAAGUAGGGGAGCGCAGCCUGGCUGGCUUAACCAAUUAACUAAAUUCUUAAAAAGUUCUACAUGUGGCAUAUUGCUGUACUUAAAGGACCACUCUGGGCCCUAUAACAACUUAAUGUAGUUGUUCUGGUUCCUGGUGCUGGCUUACCUUUAGGGGUUAAACAUUUUGUAAACCGUUUAACACCAAAGUCUCAUUGCAAGAGCAGUUUUCUUCUGCUCCCCAUAACAUUAAUUUUCUGAAAAUGUUCAAAAUGGAAGUCUUAGACUGCCGUUAUCAGGGGCAACACUGAUUGGCUGAGUGGUCAGCUUAUGCUGUAAUCCAAUCAGCAGCUCCCUAUUCACAAAUUGGCUUUAAAAACACACGUACAUUUAUCAUGGUGCACAGUGUUGUUUUUUUUUUUGUUUUUUUUUUGCACAAGUUGUGUAGAAAUUAAAAGCAAGACAAGACUAUGAAAACUUUUUUUUUUUUUUUUAUUCAAAUGUGAUGUUCUGCCAUAUGUACAUGCAUACAUGGUAUCAGAAGAAAGACUUGGUUCUCUCUAGCUAGCUGUACUCCGUUUUAUAUUAUGGUGGAACACACAUGGCAAAUGUGCCCCAGUUACUAAUGCAUGGCAUUUCAGGAAAGGGUUAAUCACAAGGCCUGCUUGCAGACUCACACUCAGGGCAGCAGUACACAAUAGUGCCAUAAAUUGUAAACAUGUCUGCUCAGGAGUAUUUAUUUAAUUUUCAUCUAGUUAAUUUUUCAAUAUGGUAACAUUAAACAAUGGCCCUUUUGAUUCUGUAUUGUUUGGAGAAGGAUAUUACUGAGAUGAGUGCUGUAGGUCAGUAAUUGCUAACACUUGGCCAACCAGCCAUUUGGUUCGUUAUGGCUGCUAAGGGAAGGGGCGCAUUCAUUUAUAAAUCUGAUAUUACGUUUUACUUUACUUGCAAAAAAUAUAAAAUAUUUCUUGAUUAUAAUCUGUGACACCAGUACAGCCAAGAACUAAUUACUUUUAUCAGAAACUCCAUUAAAUAUACCAUAACCAAGUAGGAACAGAUAAGCCAGGAAGUUACAGGCUGACGUUUUGUGCUGGUUGCUAACAUUUUUAGGUAUUUAAUGUGGAUUGUGGUUAGUUUAGCCAUUGGCGAUGCUGUGAGAGAAUGCUGCUCCCGUGAGAAUUCUAUUUCAGAAUAGGUAUCAAAUGACAAAACGUGUGUGUGUUGUGCUCUAUUUACCUUCUUUUGGGCACAUGUGGGAACGUCUUGCCAUUCUAAUUCAGUAGAAUCCCCCUGGCUGUGUUUUGAUACUUGCUAUUAGAUAAGAAAACCAUGAAAUCAUGCGUAUAGUCCCUGGUUUUCUGAACAUUUAAUUUCUUUCCUAUUCUCUUUUUAAAAUGGUCUGUAGCCAAAUAAAAUCUAAAGUUAACUGUACUUUCUGCAUUUCAAAUAGAUGAUGCAUUUAACCUGAACAAGCCCUGUCCCUGUUUUUACCUGCUUUCUCAGUCGUGGAGUGCAUAGUGAUUGCUGAGGGUUGUUUUGGUUCUGAUCCACAUUCACUUUUAAACCCUGAGAGCUUUUGCCCAGCCCUCCUUGUAAAAUCACUUUGACAUAUGUAAUGGGGGCACAUGUGAGCAAGAAAGUGUUCGUUCUUGCCUGGGAUCCUUGUUAUUGUGUUAUUUUAAUUGUUUAAAUGCUUUAUGUACACUUGAUAUGUGUACUGUAUAUGUAUAUAGUGUUGUGUGUUGGGGUUUUUGUUUUUGUUUUUUGGAGGAGGGGAUGGGUUUGGUCUUUCUUACCUGCAAUGCUGUGAUUUCUGGAACGGGAAAACAUUGCAAGAAAGUUGGUGUAAAACCUGGAAUAAGUCUUUGUGUGAUUAUCUUGGAUGGAUUUUGGCAGAAACCUUUUAUUUUUAAUUUUUUGCUACGGUGGUAUGAUUUGUGUGUUGGGGGGGAUUCUCUUUCUAGGUUAGUUCUUUAGUUUUGUAGUUGUUUUUAACUUUGUUUUACUUAACUUUCUUUUCUUUCUUUACAAAUUACAGGUGAUGGUUGUGGUUACACUGUAUUUGGGCCAGAAAGUGGUACUUUUACAUCCAAGAACUACCCCCAGACCUACCCAAAUAACACCGUGUGUGAAUGGAAGAUCCAGGUGAAACAAGGAGAACGAAUUCAGCUGAAGUUUGGAGACUUUAACGUGGAGGACUCUGAUAACUGUCAUUCUAGCUAUCUGCGGAUAUACGAUGGCUUUGGUGCUACAAGAAGCGAGAUUGGUAAAUCUAACCCCCAAAUUAAACUAGAAGGACUGUAUUGCUAAACUCCUAUACUGUUAUCAAAAUCUCACAAAAUCGAAAUGGUGAUUUGUUAUAGCAUGCUGCAUGAACAACUGAAAAUAGCGAUUUAUUGCUUCAAAACAGAAAACUGACAUGGCCAUUUUCAUCAUAAACUGCAACAAAAAUCUAUAAAAUGUGGUCCCUUGCAAGCUCCGAUAGUCUGGCUCUGGACUGGCAAAGAAGUUACAGGCUGGAUGUUACAAAGUUACAUGAUGCAGAAGUCAUAGCUUACCUAUAAAUGACCCGUUAAUGUAGAGAGUUAUUCAUUAAAGCGGAAAUUGUUGGGAAUUUUACAACUGUAGCAGAUACCCACAAUUUUAUUUUUUUCCAGUGGUUCCAGUUUGGCUAGUUUGUGGUAAAAUUUGAAAUUCAAUUUAAAUUUACUUUGCAUUCCCAACAUUUCAUACUUUAGUGAAUAAUCCUCUAUGUAGUCCAUGAAGAUGGGAUACACUGGGUAAAGUGGAAGACUUCAAUAAGGGGUUACCAGUAGCAGGAUUUAGGGUGCAGGCUCCAUAAGUUAAAUAAGGUUUUGUCUACACCUGUACUCAUCAUAUAUUGAUGGAACACUGUGUCUACAAUGAGAUAACAUUUACAGUAAAGGACCGUUUAUGGUUCGACACAUCCUCUUCAGAACUGUGAACACGUUUCCCUGGCACGGGGAUAACUGGGGCACACCACCACCCGAGACGCUGCCUGCUCCCUGGCAUUACUAAGUGCAUUUCCUUGCAUUCAAAUUAUAAAUAGUCUGUUUAUAUGAGAGCAUGUGCUGAUAAAUCCCUUGCCUCUGUAGUGCCAUUGUUAUGUUUCUAGUCCUUUCAUCCCACGUCUUCCAGCCCCCACCCCUUCGUGUCACUGUUAACAUACCCUCUCUAACUAGAUCAUCUGCUUUUUGUUUUCCCUUACCAGUUUAACCCCUGGCCAAAAUAUAAUCUUCCCUGCUAUUUCAUACUACUACUAUUCACAAAAUCCUUUACCGUCCUUUAGUAGUGGUGAUGUUGCACAGAACGUUGAAUACUGUUAGACACGCAGGUCCGUAAAUGGCAAGAAAUUCUGGCCUGAUCUGCAUAAGCUUCUCGCUCUUUGACACUCUCCAGCUUACAGUCUCCAGCUCAGGAUGGUUCUCAUGGGAGAUUAAUUAAAGUGAGCAGGCACUGACAUUGUACAUAAAAAUCACUUAUUCCGGGAUAUCGGCUUUGAGUCCAUUACAGGAUAUCAGUGAAUUCAAGGAAAUGCAAGAGGUGAAAAGUUAUGGUUUCUUGUAACAGAUCAUGGUGUUGUUUUUGUCUUACAGACAGCAAUGCAGAAUAGUACAUAGUUCCUUUUGUGUGCAACGAUUUCUUUUUUACAAAUGUCACCAUGUGCUGUUACACAAACACUUUGCAAAUCUUAUCAGAAUUCAAUAUAAGUCACUGUUUAGUAAAAAUGCACUUUAGUGUCUGGCCUAAGGGGAUAGCGAUAGUAAUAUGGUUUAAAGACUUGCUACUUUUUUCUUAUUGUCAUAAUAAAGAUUGUUUCCUGUUUUUUAAUCUUUCUUGUCCAAAAGCUAAAUACUGUGGUUUGGAGCCGCAACUAAGAGACAUAGAGUCCAAAAGCCAUGAGGUCACGGUAACGUUUAUGAGUGGAACACACAUUUCUGGGCGUGGAUUCCUUGCUUCAUACGCAACCAAAAAUAAAACAGGUAUUUGGCUUACAAGGCCUUCCGCUGAUUUUCUUUUCCUAAUAAUACUUUUAAUGGAUUAAAGGGGCAUUCUUAGCACCAUAACCACUACAGCUCUUUGAGACUUUUCCCUCCGUUUAUGCACACCAUUGUAAAUAGGAUUGACAAAAAUAAAGCGUUUGUUCUACCAAAAACUUAAAGGACCACUAUAGUGCCCUGAGGGUGCCCCCACCCGCAGGGUCCCCCUCCCGCCCGGCUCUGGGAGAGGAAAGGGGUUAAAACUUACCUUUUUCCAGCGCUGGGCAGGGAGCUCUCCUCCGAUUCUCCUCCUCCUCUCCUCCCAUUCGGCUGAAUGCACACGCGCAGCAAGAGCUGCGCGCGCUUUCAGCUGGUCUCAUAGGCAAGCAUUUACAAUGCUUUCCUAUGGACGCUUGCGUGCUCUCACUGUGAAAAUCACAGUGAGAAGCACGCAAGCGCCUCUAGCGGCUGUCAAUGAGACAGCCAGUAGAGGAAUUGGAGGAAGGAUUAACCCAUUUACAAACAUAGCAGUUUCUCUGAAACUGCUAUGUUUUGUAAAAAAAAUGGGUUAACCCUAGCUGGACCUGGCACCCAGACCACUUCAUUAAGCUGACGUGGUCUGGGUGCCUAGAGUGGUCCUUUAAGCCUGGUCCCUCUGCUACAUUAGUUCAGGCAACCUUGCGCAAUACUCUCGUCUAUUAUUGUCUCUCAAAGUGAGUUGUAGGGAUCAUAGUACUUACAGGGCUCCGUUAAUGUGUGUAAGUAGCUGUGUAUUUGUUUAAUAUAAUAUAUAGAAAUCAGACUGACCAAUAAGAUCUUCCCGUUCAGUAAUUUACACUGUACCAAGCUGAGAGGCUGCAUUCUAAGCAGCAAAGGAGAUCUAACAUAUAAAGUGCAGCAUGGAAUUUAUAGUAACUAGCCCCCACUGGAGGAGUGGCUAAGGCAGAGAUUAUACACUUCCUUGUAGUUAUACCGUGAUAGGCUAAAUGUAGUCAGCUGACUCUCUCAGCUAAUCAGAGCUACUCUUCCUCAUUAGCCCAUACAGCAAAUGGUGGAUUAAGAUGCUAGGGACUUUUUGAAAAUGGUUUAACAUUGAAUGGAAGGACCGUGCCAGAGGACCCCAGGCACUGUAACCAAUUCAUUGAGAUGAAAUGCUUAUAGUGCCUACAUUGUCCCGUUAAGGCCAAAGUAGCCAAACUGGAAGCAUAGCUUAGUUGGUGAAUCUUUCCAGUUCAGCUAUUUUGACCUUGCGUUUGAAGUUCACUUUGAAUUUUCAUGUUAGUGAAUAACCCUGUUAUUUUUUUCAGAACCCUGAGAACUGUUGGCUGGCACAGCAUUCUGGGGAUUGUAGCCCUUGGGUAUUUAAAGCAGGAGUGUUUAACCCCUUAGUGACCGCGGACGUAUUGGGUACGUCCAACAAAAACUAGCAGUUAAUCUCGGACGUACCUGAAAUGUCCACGACACAUUCUAAGGGAAUCGCAGCGAUGUCGAGGCAUCAUGCAGUACUCCCCCGGGCUGCCGGGUGAUUGCUUCCCUGGAGCAAUCACUUCCGGGUUGCCCCACGUGGCGCCCUGCAGUGACGCGGAGCAUCAGAAGCCAUCAGGCAUUUUUCACACACAAUCGGCACUUUUUACUGAUAUUGUUGUGAUACGUUUUACUGUUUUGAAACACUAAUAGUUUUUUUUUUUUUUUUUUUAAGUUACAGGGUCAAAUAUAAGGCUCAAUUUUCAGGGGUUUUUUCACAAUGAAAUUUGCCAGAUUUGUUGUGUUGCCUUUCAGAGUGUAUGGUAGCCCAGGAAUGAGAAUUAAGCCAUGGUGGCAUACCAUUUGCAAAAGAAGACAACCCAAGGUAUUACAAAUGGGGUAUGUUCAAUCUUUUUUAGUAGCCACUUAGUCACAAACACUGGCCAAAGUUAGCGUUCAUAAUUGUUCUUUGCAUUUUUAACACACAAAGAAAUAUAAAUGCUAACUUUGGCCAGUGUUUGAGAUUAAGUGGCUACUGAAAAAGACUGGACAUACCCUGGGUUGUCUACUUUAAAAAAAAAAUUUAAAAAAAUUUACAUGUGAGGUGAGAGUCAGAGAUUUAUGACCGAUAAGUGUUACAAUGUCACUAUUGAUAAAAUUAAAAAAAAUCUAUAUCAUUUUUUUUUAUUUUGAAACCGCAAAGUUAGAAAAAGUGUUUAGCAUUUCUUCAUCUUUUUAUAAUUUUCUAAAAAAAAAAAAAAGUGAAUAGUAAAUUAUAUGAUGAAAAUAAAUGGUCUUUCUAAAGAUACGAUUAAUGGCGAGAAAAACGGUAUGUAAUGUGUGGAUAUAGUAAAUAAGUAAGAGAAAAAUUACAACUAAACACAAACACAGCAGAAAUCUAAAAACAGCCCUGGCCCUUAAAGGCAAGAAAAUUGAAAAACGGUCUGGUCACUAAGGGGUUAAUCUAGGCCUUUUAAAGCUGCUGGGGUGCAAUGAAAACUUUUGGGAGCUGGGAGGUGUACGUCAAAACUUACUUUCCUUGCACUAGGAGGAUUGAUUUCCAAAAUACAGUGGAGGAUCUACAAAAUAUUGUUGUGUAGGCCAGGUUGUGGCAAGUGUAACAUCUUUAAUUAAGGACAUGUGACGUGUCAUGAUUCCCUUUUAUUCCAGAAGUUUGGUCCUUAAGGGGUUAAAUCUGGCAAAGCAUCAUGGGCAUUGAAGGUCUGCAACAGGUAGAAGUUGAUCUUUUUUGCAGACACCUGACCUAACUUGUAUGUUCCAAGUGUGGAUCCAUGGCUGCUGUUGUAUUAAACCUCCCAUCAUCUUCUGCCAUCUGGGAGGUUUUAUUGCAGCUGCAAGGCACACAGUUUAACAAAGUGGUUCUAACCGCUAUUCUUACCAGCAGUGAAUAACUGUGCCGGGAAAUAUACAGUAGGGUCACAUGCCACAGAAAGCCAUUUAAGUCUUCAUGAAAAGGUUAAAGGGGUAAAAUGUAAUGAUGAGUUGAUGUUUAUCUGUUUCCAGUGUUCUCUUCCUUUAUAUCAGUAGCUUCCUUUGUAAUCGCACAAUUUGUGUUGCUCUCCCAGCAGACUUAGACUGAGAUUUUUGUUGUACGGGGAAAACAAGGACUGUUUAUUUCCUCUCAUUAGAUGAGCUUGUAUAGGUCUCAUGGGAUUCUACAGUAUUAAAAGAGGAACUGUCACAUUCCGAGAAAUGACAGUUGCUUGAUCCUCCAACCCACUAAAUGCUAUUCCAGUGUUUACUGGGGUGAAUAAUGCAACAGAGGUUGAUAGCUUACCGCAACUGUACUGCAUUGCAAUCACUUUGUGGCCCCAUUUGGGUAGGGAGAAGGCAAUAAAGAAACUAAGGAUUUAAAAAAUGAAAAUUGUGUGUGUGUGUGUGUGUGCGCAAUUGUUGGGAGUGUUGAUGAUUGUGCACCUUAUUUACUUUUAGGCAUUUUUUAUGGUGCACCGCACACCCGGUGUAACAUAAAUGUUUGCAUAUUUAUUUUAAGUUUAUUUUUUUAGCAACUAUACUACUUUUAUGUAUUUUGUGUGUUUGUGCUUGUAAAUAUAAAAUGCACAAUGAUUUCCCAACUAUCCUCACUUUAGAGGACAACCCUGUGAGAGAAUGAAAAUAAAUUCUGAUUGGACUUGGGGAAGGAGUUUUGUUCCAUGAUAAACACAGGGAAUAAAAAAUGGAUUUCAAAUUGUAAGCCAAAAUAGUAAAACUAAAAGCAUAACUGGCUUGGUUUACAGUUUACAAUUCCACUAUUGUGGCCUUAAAUUAGAAAUUUACUUUAAAUCUUUGACUUGUCGAUUCAUAGCAAAUUUCUAAUUUAAAGCCACAAUAGUCAGCCCCCUUCCCUAAAAAGAAUGCUGACCUUUUCCUUUAAGAAUGUCCUUUUGUCCAUUAAUCUUUGCUAGUUUCAUUGAGAUUAUUCAAUGGAAAUACUCUGGGUUUGGAAGUAGUGUCCUAUUUGUUGUUUGAAUGUAAUGUCUUGCAAGAAAGCCCUGUUAGCCAUUAUUUUGUGAGGAAUGUAGACUAAUCAGCUGAAGUUGUAAAACUACACAGAAUUCCUCACAUACUUAAAGAGCAACAUGAGUUGUGAUUAACCCAGUUUCCAACUGCUACAGUCAGACUCCCAAUCCAGCAGGAGGUUACUAAUUAACAUGCAGUAAAACAUUAAAUCCUGCCACUACAGUAUUUUAGUCCAUUUAAUAUUGUAUAGCACAGGAUAAUUUUACAAAAUGUGUUGAUUAUAUAUAGUAAAUGGGAUUACAAUAUAAAAUCUGACAUACCAGUCCAAAAAAAGGAAACUCUCCCCUGCGUUCCUACUCCAUGAACCACAAAUGCCCUACUGUAUAUUUAGAAAUAAAAUAGAAUAUUGAUGUACUUUUUACCAUUACAGGCCAAAGUCCUCAAUAUUUCUAAAUGUUGAUCCAUAACUUUCUUUUCAAUAAUAUCACAAUUCAUAAGGCCUAAAACACUAUAUAGUAACCAAAACAACUUUGGCUUAAUGUAGCCGUUUUAGUGUAUGGGUAUGGAUCAUGCCCCUGCAGUCUCACUGGUCAACUCUCUGCCAUUUAGGAGUUAAAUGACUUUGUUUAUGCAGCCCUAGUCACACCUGCCUGUAUGUGACUUACACAUCCUUCCUAAACACUUCCAGUAAAGAGUCAUCUAAUGUUUGCACUUCCUUUAUUGCAAAUUGUGUUUACUUUAGAAUUCAUUAUCUCCUGCUCUCUGAAUAGCUUGCUAGAUCUUGCAGGGGCCUCUUGUAUGUAAUUAAAGUUCAAUUUACAGAGGCUGCAUAAGCAAACAAAAGUGAUUUAACUCUAAAAUUGCAGAAAAUUAAACAGUGAAACUUCAGGGUCAUGAUCUAUACACAAACUGUUUCAUUAAGCUAAAGCUCGUUUGGUGACUUUAGUGGUGCUUUAAUGAUAAUCCACAAAGCAAAGAUUUGCUUUAUAAACUGACAGGAUACUGAGCGACUUAUAGCUUCACCAAAUAAUUGUUUUUGUUAUCGAUAUAUAUGUAAUAUUGUGUGUGUGUGUGUGUGUGUUUGUUUCAAGGAAGCAAGACUUUCCCUCUGGCAGUGACCUUGAAAAUUUAAUUUGGAAUUCUCUGGAUAUUCACGUGUCCUAAAAGAAUAUAAUAUACUACACUUCAUUUGCCUGAUUUUUAUUACAUUUUUUUCCACCCCCAGAUUUCAUUACAUGUUUAGAGAAACCAAGCCCGCUUUCUAAACCCGAAUACAGGUAAGAUGUCCCACUGAAAUAUGGAGCAUUGUUCCCAUAUAAACUGAAAUCUGCUUAUGUAAGAAUCCUAAAAACUGUUGGAAGGGAAAGAUGAAAGAAGAAUGUACCAUAUUUAUCGGCGUAUAACACGCACCUCAUUUUAAGAGGGAAAUUUCAGGGGAAAAAAAACUUAAAGGACCACUAUAGUGCCAGGAAAACAUACUCUUUUUCCUGGCACUAUAGUGCCCUGAGGGUGCCCCCACCCUCAGGGACCCCCUCCCGCCAGGCUCUGGAGAGAGGAAGGGGUUAAACACUUACCUUUCUCCAGCGCCGGGCGGGGAGCUGUACUCCUCCUCUCCUCCUUGCUCGCGACGUCAUCGGCAGGAGCCGCGCGCGCAUUCAGCCGGUCGCAUAGGAAAGCAUUUACAAUGCUUUCCUAUGGACGCUUGCGUGCUCUCACUGUGAUUUUCACAGUGAGAAGCACGCAAGCGCCUCUAGCGGCUGUCAAUGAGACAGCCAAUAGAGGCUCUGGAGGCUGGAUUACCCCUCAGUAUAAACAUAGCAGUUUCUCUGAAACUGCUAUUUUUAUUUAAAAAAAGGGUUAAUCCUAGAGGGACCUGGCACCCAGACCACUUCAUAAAGCUGAAGUGGUCUGGGUGCCUAGAGUGGUCCUUUAAAUUUCAAAUAAAGAACUUCUUUUCCCCUUCCCCUUCCCCUUCUUACCCCCUUUCUUACUCCCCCUCUCCCUCUUCUUACCCCCCUUUCUUACUUCCCCCUCCCCCUCUUCUUACUUCUUCCCCCACUCCCUUCCCUCUUCUUCUUCUUACCCCCCUCCUCCUCUGACCUCCCUCCCCCCCUUUCUUACUCCCCCCUCCCCGCGCGGAACAGGAGUUUCUGUUUCCUGUACCCGGUCGGACUGACAGGAAGGUGCACACUGAGCGUGCACCUUCCCAUCACUCCGGCCGGCCACCGCGGACAGCAGUGCGGCUCGGCCACGCUACAGGGGAGGUGAGUACCAACUGCAGCCGCCUGAGCGCUCUUGACAGAGCGCUCAGGCGGCUGCAGUAUUUUAAAGGGCCGGCGUAUAACACGCACCCACAAUUUCUCCCCUAUUUUCAGGGAGAAAAAGUGCGUGUUAUACGCCGAUAAAUACGGUAUUUAAUCAGGGGACUUGCGUAAGCAAAUGUCUGUCACAAGCAGGCACUGUUGACGGGAAUGUGUUAACACGGAGCAUUCAAACAUGUAACUUCUUACCCACGCUUGCUCAGUGAUCCAGAUAUUUGCUUAGUGGCAAACUUUAUGAAUUGGUGUAGAUUUUAAAAGGCUUUUUUGGUCUAAAUUUAGUUUUUUGUGAAUUUGUGGCACAAUUUAUAAAUUCUCACAAGCACAGCUCAUUUAUGAAUGUUUUUGCCAUUUUUCCCGACAGAAAAGAGGGAGAAUCUUUUCUCCGGUGAAAACUGGUGGAUUUUACUGUGAAGAAAACAUAGCCUUUUAGAUCACUUUAAUCAAAUUGAACGCCAUUUAACUGUCAUUUUUUGGAAUACUUUAUAAACUAGUGUUGCAUGCUUUUUUUUAAGAGUAUGAUCUGAAUAUUUGUGACCCAAACUCAAGAGGUAUUUAUCUGUUUGGUUUGAUUUUUCUUUUUGUCUGUUUUAUUGCAGCAGCUAUUGCCCGGCUGGCUGUCUUACACCGUUUCAGGAGAUCUCUGGGACCAUCCCUCUGGGGUAUAGAGAUGUAUGUAUCAGUGAGAUGUACUAGGUUAACACUGAAACUGUUAUGUAUAAUGAAUUACCUUUUUAUUUUUGCUUUAGAGAUAUUUAAACUUAAAGUAGAACUGUCACCUCAACAAUCUUUUAAUUAAUUGAUGCUUUCAUCAAAUUUUGGAAAUACAUUUAAUUUAACAAAUAAUCUAUGUGAAAAUUAAGAGAAAUUCACUCCUACCUUUUAAUAUGGUAAAAUGAUACUGUCCUAUACUAAAGAUAGGGAUGUGAUUAUUUUUUAUUUAUAUUUUUGACUUUUUUUUUUUUAUAUAUAAAUUAAAUUAACACAGAACCGGUUUCCUUUCAAAUUUGAUGAAAAGAUCUUUAUAUUAGUUAAGUGUUGAGGUGACCGCUGUCCUUUUAAGGAUGUUAACCUGAAUCUAUAUAGAUGCUUGUGGUUUUCUCUGUACAAUUGCUGGAGUACCAAAUUUAUUUAUUUAUAAAAUAUUUUACCAGGAAGGAUACAUUGAGAUUUCUCUCGUUUUCAAGUAUGUCCUGUGCAUUCAUACAAUAGCGUUCAAUAAAAUACAAAAACAAUAUUAAUACACAAUAUAUACAAAAUUUAACAUGGAACAGGUAGGAAAUAUAUUAUCAAACAUGACCGGUGCAUUCUGUUUUGAGGUAUGUAGAGAUGGAUCUCUUAAAUGACUUUAAGCUUGCGAAGGUGAGCGGGAGGUUGUUCCAUAAAUGCGGUGCUUUGUAGGAAAAGGAGGGUCGGACUGCUUUCUUUUUGUAUUGAGGUAGACUAAAUAAAGUGCUGGUACUGGAUUGGAGCUUAUAGGAGGUGGGAACAGCCGGGGAGAGCAUUCUGCUCAGGUAGGGAGGGAGCUUCAUCAUAUACAAUGUGCGAUUGGCAGACUGCACAGCAUGUGGAGCUGUAGCAAGUCGUGAAAUACAGUUUUUCUCUGCUUUCUUUAUCUGAAUCUGAUUUGUUUUAUUUCAAAGCCCCUUUGCCAAUCAAGUUGAAUGCACUGCAUUUGGGUCCCUCUAAAGUGUGUGUUUUUUUUUUUGUUUGUUUUUUUCAGCAAGCUUAACUAAGAGCAGUAAGCUCAAAUCUAGUUUAGAGCAAACACAGAACACGUUUGAUUCGAUCACCAUUUAUUGACAAAACCAUGUGAAAUCCCAAUUUGAUUUACUUGACAUUUUAAGCUCUGUUGGUUGAUUUGAAACCAUAUAUUAGGCAGUCUGAGGGUUUGAAUUUUCACGGGGUGGGAUGAGUAAGUCCACCCUCCCACCUCCCCACAAAGAGAAUUUAUUUAUGUAAAGAUUGGAGCAGAUUUUUUUAAAUCUGUAAAAUAUUUCUUUACUUUGAGGCAGUACAUGUUUUACCUCCUUUUUAAAGGAAAAUAGUUUCAUUUACUUUGUGCCCCAGGUGUUAUUUAGCAGAAUAAGCAGACUUCACGUAGCAUUCCGUGAGUUACAGCUGCUUUUUCAGUAGAAAGAAUUCCAAGUAUUUCAUAUGUAAGAAUCCGAUAACUGCUAAGAGGUCGAAGCAGCUGAUCUGCUGACCUUACAUUUCCACCUGCUCUGUAAUAACAUGGCAUUGGAUUACAAAUUGUUACUAGGCUGCACACCUUUUGAUAAAUUUCCAUAUCUUUCACUGAAAUAAAGAUUUAAUUAAUGAGCCUGGUCUGUAAGCAUAACUCCCAACCGUCCUGGAUUCGGUAACACAAUGCUGAUCUGGGGUUCCUGUCCUGCCCUCCUAGAUGUGAUCACAAAUAUCCUACUACUAGGAAAAACAAAGACAAGUCCUCGGUAAGUUCAGCGCGAGUACAUUGUUAGACCUGCUCUGAUAUACUAAACUCAGAGCUUCAAAAGCACCCUGCUCACGGUCUGUCCCUCUUAACAUUAUCGCGUUGCUCGCGCUCACACCUCACCACCACCAUUCAGCAUUGGGAGGUAUGCACAAAAGAUCCCUUUUUUUUUUUUUUAAAUUUAUUUAAAAAGAAAGUGUGUGUAUACGUAUAUUUUUAUUUAUUUUUUUACAGUAAAGAGUGCAAAAAUUACUGAAUAUUUGGUUGAAACUAGUAGAAAAUGUAUAUACUUAUAUGGCAGCUAAAACAUUUAAAACCCAUCCCAAAUGGAUUUCAACAUUACACACACAGUGUGUGUAGUACACACUUUUUUUGUGUGUGUGUGUAAAGUUGAAAUCCAUUUGGGGUGGGUUUUAAGGUUUACAAAGGGUACGGAAUCAAUACACUUGGUACAUCAUUCUUUACUAUAUAGAAGGGCAGCCAAUAAGAUAUAUUUAUGUAUAGGCCAAUGAUGGCUGACCGUGUGUGUGUGUGUAUAUAUGUAUGUAUGUGUGUGUGUGUAUGUGUAUGUGUGUAUAUAUAUAUAUAUAUAUAUAUAUAUAAUACACACACACACACUCUUCCCAUGAUGCUUAGCCCGCCUCUGUCCAUGAAAGUGUAGUAAAGUGAAACUGGGGGAGCUACAGUUACCCUCCCCAGCCUAUCCCAAACAUUAUAUAUAUUCUAUUGAGUAAGUUAUGUGCUCCUGUUAGGAGUUCAGAUGGUGUCGUUGCUGAUUUCAAGGAAAAUAUCUGUGAUUGGAGUCAGAAGGCAGAAGCCAGUAGUUUACUAAAAUUUCAAGAAAUACAUUAAAUAAAAUAUUCUAAAAGUACCAGUGCUUUGUACAAAAACCUUUUUUGGAUUCAUUCACCCACUGCUUUGAAUAAAACCUUUUUGUAUACCCGCUUCUCCUCAUUUAGAUAAAAUGAACGUUCAGUGACUUAGAAGUAAUGAGCACCAUUCACAAUGUUGUAUAACUCUGUGAUCUCGAAGUUGUAAAUAACUUAACAUGCCUUGCUAAUUUGUUUCUUUCUACAAAGCUGUCAGUGUAAGCUUUUUAAGAUUUUGGAUGAUCAAACCAUGUGAACCCUGUGUCCACGGAUUAUCCUGCAAGGUCUCCAUUGCAGCUCAUGUGAUUUAUCUUUGCCACGUUCAGGCAUUUUUUUUUAUUAUUUUUUUAUUUUAUUUAUUUUUUUACUCUCCUAUAAGCUUUUGCAUGAUACUACUCUUGGGCAUAGUGCCCUUAAACGGAUUCAGUCUAUCCGACCACUGCUUUUUCCUCACGUUUUACCCUGUUAACCUUUUAAAAUCCAGACUAGCGCGGUGUUUUUCUAGCUUGAAUAAUUAUUACAAAAUGUGCAGACUAAGCUCUACUGUUUUAUUUUCUUACAACAUGUUGAUAACAAUUUCUGUUGCUUAACAGUAUGAAAUGCUGUCGUGUACCAUCCAUGCACAACAAAAAUAAAGAAUAAAAAAAGCAGUAAAACCAAUCCUUCUGUUUUGGGGGAAUUUCUUUUUUCAAUAUAUAUAUAAUCUAUCCUUUACUUUUUAGUUGGUCGCACAGAUAUUGUUUUUCUUUACGUUGCUAUCUAAAACCCUGUCCGUUGUGUUUGCAGAUGGCUCAGGUUUUUAAGAGUUGUCCGAAUCCAGCUUUGUGACCUGUGUUUCAUCUUUUUACAGUCUUCAUCGUUGUGUAUGGCUGGUGUUCAUGCUGGAGUGGUCUCCAACGCACUCGGUGGACAAAUUAACGUGGUGAUCAGCAAAGGCAUAGCAUACUAUGAAAGCUCUCUGGCAAACAAUGUUACAUCCAAAGUGUAAGUAUCGCAGUUUGCAUAAACUUGUUACAGCCCACCGCUUGGAGGUUGUUUGCCUGUGUGUGCUUUUUGGUGUUUCUGUAAGACAAUAAGCACGUUUUAUACCCAGAAUCCACAAGCAUACAAAACAGUCAUUACAGAAAUAGAUCUACCAGAUUUGAUUUUCUAAGGAUUUUUUUUUUUUUUUUUUUUACUUUCCCCGAAAGCAGCUUUAUUUUAUAAUCAGGAUGGGCCAAAAUUCAGUGUAGGGUCUGUUGGUUAAAUUUUUAUUUUAUUUUUGUUGCAGGUACAUAUUUGUACUGAGUCUUGUGAGAUUAAUCAUGGGUAAAUUCACAAAAGAAUAACACAAUGAGUCAGAGAAAACAAUGAAUUUAUUCUUAAACUCAUGUCUGGCAAAGACUUAUUUUCACUUAAAUGGAUUUAACAAUGAGCAAAACAGUAGUUUCCAGGGUACAAGAAAUCCACGGUUAAGUUAUCAGCACCAAAUGCACCCUCUAGUGCAGGGUGACCACAUAGGAAGUUAUCUGCAGAAAUUCGCGCUCUAGAGCCUUAAACAUUUAUGUUAUGAACAACGUAAUCGAAUGAGCCUGACUUUCAAAGCGGCAACAGAGCUCAUUUAAAAGAUGUCAUCUUCUGUACCUAGUCAAACAAAUCUCCAUACGUUAAGCAUUUAUUGUAUGUAAUAUCAUUGAAAUUAGUUAAUUAAUAAAAAUUAAAAAAAGUUGACUCCUUAAACCCUACUCUGAAUUUUGACCCACCCUGUAUUUAUUUAAAUAUUUAAUUAUUGUGGGAAAUUACAAUUUUAACAAAUAUUUCCUAUUUCUAAUGAAAGCUAUUUUCGAGUAUUUUUAACACUACUAAGAGCUUAAGAGUCAUAGGAAUGUAAGCAAGACAACCAUUUUGGCAAAUUAGUAGAAUUAGUGUGAAACUUCAAAUUACAGAUACGAUGGGUUCGUUUGUUUGUUUUUUUUAUUACUCCAUCACGGUCAAUCUGUUUUGACAAAUUGUGCAUUCAUGUAAAAUACUCUUUAGAUAUUCUUUCAAAUUCAGAUUUAGGAAGUGGACUAUGCCACCGAGGAGAGGAUUCUCUCUUCAGAACACAAGUUUUUAAAUGUUAAAGGUUUCAGAUUUAAUAUCCAAGGAAACUUACGUGAGAUUAAUGUGCUACAUAGGAUAGUGUUAUAGCUUCUACCUAAACCAACAAAGGAUAAAAAAACACCUAUACUGGUUUUAUUUUUGUUAUGAUAAAAACGUUGAGAGUGAAUUCUUUUCCUGUGACUUCUUAAUCCCUUUGUGAGAUGGUUUAUAUCUUGCAUGAAUGUUCACGUCAUGAAUUCUUUCUGUUCUUUCUCUUACAGUGGGCCAUUGUCUACAAGCCUCUUUACAUUCAAGACGAGUGGUGAGUUGUAUUUAUGUAUUUUUAUUGUCAUUGAUCUUCUUUGAUCAAGUUAAAAUGAUAAUUCUCUAGAAUGAAUCUCUGCAUCCAUCUAUACUAUAAAUGGUGAUAUGCUGCACAUAGAAUUGCAAUAUCCUUAGUGUCGUAGGUGGUAGGCUAUGACCUCCGUUUGUAGGAAAUCUUGAAGAAUUUAACAUGAUGGGAAUUUCCAGGGAACACAUUGUGCUUGGCAUCCAUGCAUAAAUCAACUGGAAAAUGAAUGUAAUGCCCACAGCAACAUUACAAAGCAUUCAAAGGUUGUUGCGGUGGAUGACCUGCUUGCUUACUAUGUAUUCUCCAUUUUUAGGGCGAUCCUGCAUAUGAUGUAUUUGUGCUGUGUGAAAGAUUAGUGUGAUUCUCAAGCAAAGAAAGGCAACCUAAAUCUUUUAGAUUUAUUUUAUUUUUACAACAUAUAAAACUGGUGUUCUAGGUCAUCUGGAAAGGUUGUGAUAACAAUUCAUGUAAAUCAUACAGUACAAUCUGUUCAUUGUUAUGGUUGUAAACUGAAGUGACAAUUUAGAGGGAAUUUUAAAUAUUAGGACAAAGUAGUUGAACAUAAAGCAUAUCAUAAUUAAAGAAUUUUUCUGUUCAACUAUUUAGGUCUUAAAUGGGAAAUUCACUUUGAAUGGACUUUUAAUUCUCACUUUAGUAAUAAACCGUGUGUAUUUUCAUUUUCCAGCAUUUCUAGUUUAAUAAAUAUAGGCCUCAAUUUAAUGUGUUUGGCUGAGCUUUUCAAAUCAUUUAUUUUUUGAUUAAUAUUCCAUUUUUAAUUUUUUUAAUACUUUAAUAUUUAGAAAAAAAUCCUUUUAACAGUUUUAUCAAAAAAUUUAAUCAUUUGGAAAACUUCUCUAAAAAUAUUUAAUCAAGGUCAACUUUACCACUGCAGUUUAUACCCUUUUGGUGUGGCAAUCUUCACUGUGAAAUGGUAUUGUUAUAUUUUCUAAUAAUUGUUGAGUAAUAAAGUACAACCGUAGAUUACACUUUACUGUAUGUGAUGUGCCUCUGUGAACAUUAUUUGCUUUAAUUAUUAUUUAUUGCACAACACUUGCAGGAUAAUGAGACUUGAUGUUGACCCACCUGUUUUUGUAUUUUUGGGGGAUAAUUCGUUUAAUUUAUACCUUUUUAAUGAAAUCAUGGUCUGGGUAAUAUUAAUCCUCCAAAAUUGACUGCGAAUUUCCUCCUAAUAGCUCUGUAUAUGCUCUUUUUAGUUUAGUCUCCAACCUCUCCCUAUCCAACAGAAAAUAGAUGAUGAAUAGUAGAAAUAUUGAAUGCUUGUAUAAAAUUUGUAUUCACUUGGAAUGUUUUUGUUUUGGCCAGGGUGUUAUGGAACUUUAGGGAUGGAAUCUGGAGUUGUCCCAGACUCGCAGAUAACCUCUUCUUCUAUCUUGGAAUGGAUCGACCCUGAAGGACAGAAUAAUGUGUGGAAGUCCGAUAAAGCCAGACUGAAAAAAAUUGGACCUUCCUGGGCAGCAUCAUUUAGUGAUGAACAUCAAUGGCUGCAGAUUGACCUGAAUAAACUGAAAAGGAUAACAGGUCAGUGAACAUUUCACGACUCUUUAGCGGUGAGAUUACGCAAUCAUUCAGCAUUCGUUCCAGCUGGGAGAAUAUGCAUCUGUGAUACCCGGAUUCAGAAGAGACUAGAGGUCUGAUCUGAUUUAGGCAACCGGACCGAUAUUGGACACUAUAGGAGUUAUUCACUAAAGACGUUCUGCCUCCAAGGCAAAUUAUGUGCAAAACACAGCACAGUAUUUAUUAAAGAGUGGUUGCCAGACAAAAUCAAUGAAUGCUUUAUUGUGCGCUUUUCUGUUUAAUAAAUCUAUCAUUUCUACAUUUUAUUAGUGUAGUAAUUGUUUGUUUUGUUUCAUCUGAGCAUUCCCUAGGAUUUGGAAGCAUUUUUACGUUAAUUAUAUUGCGAUAAACACAUCACUUUAUAAGGUGUAUGGAUGUCUGCAGAGCCGUCAAGGGAGAGUGAGACACGGUUCCCGGUACUAUGAUCAUAGCACCAGGAAAAUAUCUUGCGGCGCCCCUGUGUGCCCGUCGCAGUUUGGGAACCGCUGUGUUAACUGGUCACUUUCUUUUGUAACUAUCUUUCCUAUAUUUAUACACGGUACAAAGCUUUGGGAAAUGGGAAUAUUUUGCAUAAAGCAGUGGUCCACUUUAACUUUCGAGAGGGAGAGCGAAAUUGAAUUAGCUUUGUGUAGCCUUGAAAUAUUUAUAUAUACACACAGUGGGGGAUAUGUUGUCACAUUUAUUUUAUAUAUUUCUUUUUAGGGAUCAUAACAACAGGAUCCACUCUCUCCAAGUUUAACUACUAUGUUUCUUCCUACAAAAUUCAAUACAGUGAUGAUGGAUCCAAGUGGACAAUGUACAGAGAACCCAAUACUGAUAAAGACAAGGUAAAAGUUUCAUAGAGUUACACUAAGCCCUAUAGCGGAGAUAGACAAUUGUUUGCAUUCCAGAUGUUGUGGACAUCAUUCCUAGUUCUGCAGUGCUGAAGGUUGCUUACCUGCUUACCUCUCUCUUAUUCUAAAGGCAUGCAAAGCAUCAUGGGAGUUGUAGUUCUACAACAUCUGGGGAUCUACCUAUUGGGCACCCCUGUCUUAGAUGUAUGCUCAACCAACCUAUGUAACAACAUAUUUAAACAUGUCACACCCUUCUUGUUGGUUUUUGUAUUUUUAGAUAUUCCAGGGAAAUUCCAACUACGACCAGGAAGUUCGAAAUAACUUUAUUCCCCCCAUAGUUGCUCGGUUUGUGAAGAUAAACCCUGUGAAGUGGAACCAGAAAAUUGCUAUGAAGGUAGAGCUGCUUGGAUGCCAGUUUAAUCCCGGUGAGAAUGUCUUUACAUGUGCAACCAUUUCCCUUAUUCCGUGUUGGUUACAUCAAUGGUUUUAUACUGUCAAUCCAAUAUGGCCUAGAAAGACCCUAUGGUAGUAUGUAUUGCUAAGAAUCUGCUGUUUUAUACAGCCCUGCCACUGUUACUGGAGUAGUAUAUUCCAUUUUGAUAUAGUAUUAAAUGUUUGGUUUAUUAUUAUGGAUUUUAACAGGAUUUGGACCUUAAGGAGAGUUAAAGGGAUACUGUAGUGCCAGGAAUGCAAAGCUGUAUUCCUGGCACUAUCGCUCUCGCUUCCUCCCCCCCCCCCCUUCCCCGGGUAAAUAAAGGGUUGAACCCCUUUAUUUACUUAUCUUAUCACAGAGCCGGUGCCCCUUCAACAUCCCGUGAUGAGCGGGCACUAAUGUGCAUGUGUGGCAAAUGCCACACGUGCAUUACACCUCCCCAUAGGAAAGCAUUAGUCCAGUCUUCCAAGUUAGAGGCACUCUUGCUUCUAGAAGUAAAAACCUUACUAGACUAGAAAGUCACAGAAGACAUUCGUCCUCCAGAAUACUUCUUAGAAUGUUCUUGAUUCAGAAGCCAGACCACUCCUUCAGACCGAUUCUGGAUAUAAGAAAGGUCAAUUUAUAGGACUCCAGGACAAGGUAUUGCGUGGAAAAUAUUUUGACUUCUAAAAAUGGGAUUGGAUGUGUUCCCUAGUUGUGAAGGAUGCUUACCUUCAUUACAUAGUUGAGUCUCCAGGAGAAAAUGUUUAAAGUUUUGUGUCCAAGAUCAUUAUUUUUGUUUCUUCACCUUUUCCCUUCUGUCUCAUCAGUCUCACAAGUCUUUGCAAAGGUGCUGGUGGUAAUUGUGGCACAUCUGAUGGGGAAAAAAGUAUCUGUAUUCUGUAUCUAAACAAUUGACUUUUGAAAGCUCUGUCAAAGGAACACUUUCUCAAAGAUUCCCAAGCAGAUAUGCUCUGUCCAUGGUUGGAUGUUAAAUCUACAAACGUCAGAACUAAAUCCAUCCAACAGCCUUCAGUUUUUGGGUCUUAUUUUAGACUCUAUACAGAUGAGAAAUGUUUUUACUCCAGAGAAAGUAAGCAAGCUGAGAUCUGCUUUUCCAUCUUUGGAAAAAGGAGAAUCUGUUCGAUCAGAGUCCUGGGUCUUAUGACUUCUGCUAUACCAGCAGUCAACUGAGCAAAAACCCAUAUGUGCCCUCUCCAAGCAAAUUUCCUUGCAGAAUAGGACCAUAUAAAUUCUUCUCUAUACAAUCUAAUGUAAACAACAUUAAACAUCUGGCAGAGAACUUCCUAAUUUCUUGCUUCUAGUCUAUCCUUCAGAAUUAAAACCUGUGUGCUUAUUUUGACGCCUUUCAUUCUGAAAAAGGCCGCUGGUUCCAGGAAGAUAUAAAUAAGUCUACCAACUUCAGGUAACUUAAAGAUGCUUGACAAAUAUACGAACACAACUAUCUGGGAUACAGCUUGUAUUCCUAGGAAAAAAAAAUAAACAAACAAUGCAUUGUGUAAUAUUGUUUAACAGUGUAACUAUCACACAAUAAGCACAAACGUGAAGAAUUAAGCACUCGAAAGGUGCUUCUCCCAAAGAUGAUUGUGGCUAUAACUUCCUUAAGGCUGCCAAUAUCUACCAGGAGCCAGACUGGGAUCCGGACAGCGGGUAUCAAAAAGGUAUUUUAGUGAAUAGCAAUAAAAUAUAAAAGCGUCAGGGCCUACGCAUUUCAUACCCUCAAAAGGAACUUCCUCAAGGAAGAGAGACCCAAAUAUUUGGAUGCCUCUACUAAAAUUCAAGAAUCUUCUUCUACACAGCCAUGUACAGAUUAGAUCAGAACAUUCCACAACAGUGGCAUAUCUGGACAGACAAGGGGGACUUGCUCAUCCUCCAUAUCCAGCUUUUGAAUUCGAAAAAUAUCAUGCUUUCGGCAGGAAUUAAUCUUCUGUCAAUUUCAGCAGUUCAUCAAAGGAUUUUCCAAUAAUUUGACAGACGCUUUAAGCAGUAAUCACAUUAAACAAGGAGACUGGUCUCUCAGAUAUUUACCAAAGGUAGAUUUGAUGCCGUCAAGGAUAAACAAGAGACUACAGAAAUCCGCCUCCAUCCAAGAUUCUGAACAACCAGAUGCCUUGGAUUGUAUUUCAAUAAAAUGGAACUUCUUGCUACCUUAAUCUUCGCUCCUAUAUACCUGAUUCCAAGUGUACUCCAGAAGACCAUUCAAGACAGAGUAGGAAUGGUGUCAGUUGUUUCCUUCUGACCUUACAGAAGUUGAUUCUCCACUUUGAAGACUCUUAAAUCAAUUACAGAUCAUUGGAAUAUUGAGAUUCGGGAAGACACAUCCUAGAAUACAACCUGGUACCUCUACAGACCCUGAUAACCUUUAAACGAACAACUUGGCUUCUGAUCCCCUGGUUACCAGGUUUAUUGAAGACUGUAUCUAAUCUGUUCCCCCACCAUCAGAGAACUCAUUCUACAUUGGGACAUUAAUUUGGUGUUUACAGUCCUUUGCUCCCCUCCAUUUAAACCAGUGCAAGAUUGUGAAAUGUGUCUUCCCUUGGAAGACUGUAUUCCUAGUUUCAUUAACAUUCCUUGAAAGGUUUGCCGAUCUUCAGGCUCUCGUUAUCAAUAUUUUGUUUUUCAUCUGGAGAGAAUCAAGGAAUUCAGGAAAUUUGAAUAUUUGUUCUUUUCCACUUGAUUAGAGAAGCCAUAUAUCUGGCUUAUAAGGCUUCAAAUGUUUCACCUCCUAGUAAACUUAAAGCUCAUUCAAUGAGAGCAGUCUCUACUUCCUGCGCUCAAUUCAUUGCUAAACAUAACCGGUUCGAUAUUAUGGCCUCUCACAAUUCGUUUUGGUUUUCCGGUAUAACAAGCCAUUUUUACAUGAAGAUCUGACUCACCCUUUGAAUUGCUUUUGUCCCUAAGGUCCUGUAAUGCCUUUUAACCUGCUUGGGGGGGGGGGGCGCGAUUGCUCUAUUUCCAGCUAACUAGCCUUUAUUAAAAAAAAUUACAUUUUGAUGAGAACUAAGCAGUUCAAUAACUGGUUUAGAUGACUGAUUUGGUUUGAUUAUUAAUGCUAAAAAGUAUAACAAAUUAUUUUAAUUAUUUUUUUUUCCUUCUACCUUGAAGUUUUGGCUCCAAAAACAAUCCCUCCUGCCUUGAAGCCCCGUGCUAAUAAUCGCUCCCCACCUAUUGUGGACAAGACCACCUCUCCCUCUCCUCCGGAGAUCAAGAACACAACGAUGAGUCCAAAUAUUACAAGAGGUAACUUUAUGAUAUCUAGCUAUAGCAGAAUUGCACUUCUAGGGUUACAUUUCUUAAAACAAACUUUUAUAAUUACAUGGACCUAGCUUAUAUGUGACUGCUCCAUCUAUGCAAACCCUGUCGGGUAAACCCAAUGUUUCAGUUAAGGAUUAAGAACCAGUGAUCCAGGCUAGUGGGUAAAAACAUUCUAUUGACCGUAUCAAUCAGUGUGUCCUCUAUCUUUCUUUGCGUUUAUAUAGCAUACAUCCACGAGAGAUGGAUUUAACGCUUCAAUGUAUGCAUUAUAGUUUGGUUUAAAAAAAAAAAAAAAAAAAAAAAAACUAUAUUGGAGAGUAAAAAUGACAGGACCUAGGCACCCAGGCCACUUCACUGAGAUGACAUGGACUUUAAUAAAGUCACUGUUUGCAGUUCAAACAUUGUCCAGCAAAUAUAGGCAAUUAUAUUCCAUUUUUAUGAUGAUGUGGGAUGCUCUGCUUUGGUCAUCGUCGGGGAAAAAAAAAAAAAUUAUUUUUUUUAUUUUUUUUAAGCUCAUUUUAUAGUCUAUAUUCACUUUGGAAAGGUAAAUUUGAAUUGCCAGUAGAAAGAUGACUAUUAGACUGGUUUUAUUUAAAAAAAAAAAAAUACUGCAUAUGAAUUUGCAAUAAUAUUUAUGAAAGAUGUAGGGUUUUUUUUUUUUUUUUAAAACACAAAGCUCUGGUAUGUCGAUAGACUCUGUAGCAGCAGAGGGGUUACCGAGACAGUCUUCCAGCAGGCGUGUAAAGAAAGUUUGCUGAGAAAUGCUUAGCUCUGCCUUAUGUCAGCUGUGAGCUGCCUACUCCCUGUUAGGAAUGCUGGGCUGACAUCACAGGGUUCUGAACUCUGCAAGUAGUCCUCUGACUCACACUGUGAGCAGCCAAGGGCCAGAGAUUAGUUUAACCAUUAGGCUGCUGGAAGAGGUGGCAAUGAAUAACACAUUAAUGGAAUAGCUAGAUUGAUCUAUACUUUGUUGUACAGGCAUUUGUGUUGUUUGUAUGGAAUGUAGUGGAGAUUACUUGGUUAAGAUCGAGCAUAUAAACAUUUUGUGGCCAAACAGUAGAAGCUCACAUGAAACGUUUGUAAGCCUGUCUAACAAAGCGUCAUGAGAUCUUCAGUUCCACAACAGCAGGAUUAUAUUUUUAUCAAACCUACAAUAGGGAGAUGAGGAUGACUGCACACUCACCGUACCUCCUCGGAUAUUUCCAUAGGGUAAUUUUAUGGAUAAACCAAAGUAUUGUUAGGAAUACAAACAUUAAGCUGUAGUGGUUCUGGUGACUAUAGUGUCCCUUUAAUGAUUGUUUUUGGUUCUGUCGGUAUGAAUUUUUAUUCUCCCCUCUAUACAAUAUGCCUAUAUCUGUUUUUUUUAAUGUGAGAGAACAAACAUUCAGUUGAGGUAGAAGUGCUAAAUCCAAAAGCAAACAGAGGUUCAGUGAGCUCUGUAACAGAAUGGACGUGUGUUGUGAAAUCUGUGCUUGUGUUCCGCUGGUGACCCAGAAGAGGUUACUUCGCCCAACACCUACACAAAUAUGUGGUCACUGAUUGGCGUGUAAACCUCUGUGUUCUUGUUUUAAUGGAUUGCAGAUGUACCCUUGGCAGCGAUCGUGGUUCCUGCAUUAGUCAUGGUUCUCACCGGCAUCAUACUGGUGUUAGUUUGCGUCUGGCACUGGAGGAACAGGUUGGUAAAAUUCAUUUCUCGGCAUGCAGCGUUUUAAACAUUGCUUUUCCCAAAAUGCAAGCUACUGGCUUAACCCCUUUCUCGUCAGAGGUGACUUUGAAUAAACUAAUAAACAGAUUCUCUGAACUUUAAUUAUUUAAACUAAACCGACAACAAAACUGUUUGCCUAUCCUACACUGAAUAUUGCAUGUAUGUACAUAUGCAGAAUAUAGAGAUCUAAUCUAACUUUUAAAGUGCUAUUGCCUUUGUUAACCCUGAAAGCACCAGUGAUAUAUUAUGGUAAUACAAUAAAAAUCUGGCCAUGAGACAUUCUAUAGAAGUGGGGAAUGUCCUUAUUUACCUUUUGUUGCAAUAUUCAGCUAAAUGGUUGUUUUAAAACCCCUACAUCAUCAUGAAAUAUCCCAAAGAUCUGCCAUUAAAUAAUUAUUUUAGUGAUGGUCAUUAAAGUGUUAAUUACGAUGUUGCACAGCAGGCGUGGUAAGCCAUUUUUUUGGUUCGGGAGGAGAUUCCUUUCACUGUGCAAAGGAACAUUGCUUUAGUUUAUAUACUCAACAUUUCAUAUUUCCGGAUGCUUACCAGAUAGCAUAUCUUACAAUGCCAAUGUUGGGUUCGAUGGCACAAUUAGAUUAUUAUUCUGUGAUUGCAGUUUUAUUGAAUAGUUGAAGCUCUGCAGGCCUGUGCUUAUACAGUAUAACUAAUUGGAUCUAGGUUUCUCCUGUAGGAGACACAUAUACACUGGACUCCACUUAUAUUUGGAAUUGUAAAAUAUAUAUAUUUAAAAAAAUGUUUAUUAUUUAAAUCUGUCCUUGUAAAAUAAAGUUCCUGCUAUGACUGAUCAUCCACAGAAAGCAGAUACUAUAGGAACAUUCAUAAAUAACCAGAUUGACAAAGCUCUGAAAGCGGAUCAAUUGAAUGUCUUUGAACAUUUAGCACUUUGCCACAAAAUAGCAUCUGGGUUGAUUUAAUAAAUCUACGCCGAUAUUUGUAAAUACAGAUUGCGUUAAAAAAUUGAGUAAGUUAGAAAUACUGCCCAAUCGCACGUUGUAGUCCUCAUCAGCAAGGCACCGUUAGGUACUAUCCCUGCAUCACUGUUAUUAAUAACACAUUGUUUUCUACUGCCCUCUUGUGGCUGACUUCAUUUUAUUAAUUAAAGGACCACUGUUAUCAAAUUUUCACUAUUUUUAAAAAAAUUCACUACCUGUAUUUCUGACCCUAUGGUGUUAAAAUCAGCACUGCCCCAUGAAGCACAUCUAGCAGCCAUCUGAGGAGUGGCCAGAGGAGGUGUCCCUAGGCUGUUUUCAGAGAAAAUUUUGUGUUUACUGCAAAAUGCCAGAAGGGAAUUAUUAUACUCCCCAGAACAAAUAAAAUAAGCUAUAGUUCUUGAGACUAUAGUGUCCCUUUAAUUAACACAGUCCUUUAUUUCCUGCAUGGCUUUCUAUGUUUUGUUUACAGGAGGGAUUUAUUUUUAUUAUAUGAUCUGAGUUUGUAUAUUUAUUUCUUCCAUGCUACAGAAAGAAGAAAGCGGAGGGAACGUAUGACUUGCCUUCCUGGGAUCGUGCAGGUACCAUAUUAAACCUUUUACUAAAUCCUACAAGUUGUAUGUAGUAAUGGGAACCCUCUAUCGCCAUUCCUGCAAAGAUUAGAGGUUUAACGCUGCUGCUCCUCCUGUCUGGAUACAAAUACCCUUUUCAGAAUUGUAUAUGAACUCUCUCUUAUUGUGAAUGCCCAAUUACUGCUUGGAAAUCAUUCGCUCUUCAUGGCACAUUUAAAAAAAAAAAAAAACCUUGGCAAUUGUUCUUUCAAUUUGGCAUAUCAUUGCCACUUAUGGUCUGCUGUUAACACUCUGUAGGGGAGGUGAGUUAUGUUCCUCCUUAAUAAAUAAAUGUGGACAUAAGUUAAAUGCUAGAAUCUAUGCAGCAUUUAAAGUGACAGACUGGGAUGGUGUAGACAAGUUACGUUGUCUGUUGAGCUUUGUAUGUGCCCCUAAAUUAUUUUCUAAUUUCUUGUAGGGUGGUGGAAAGGAAUGAAGCAGUUUCUUCCAGCCAAAUCAGCUGAGCAUGAGGAGACCCCUGUGCGGUACAGCAGCAGUGAAGUUGGCCGUCUUCGACCCAGAGAGGUGGCUACCAUGUUACAAGCAGACUCAGCAGGUACUGAUAUUAACUAAUCCUGCUAAGAUACUUUGAAAUCCGUAGAGUGAGCUAUGCCACCAUAGUAUUAGAGAUUAACUGCGCUCUAGCAAAUAUGAACAUGUGCAUAUAUCAAUACAUACUAGUAACUUGUACUUUGCUACUUUAUAUAUAAACAUAUGGGUCUCCAGUUUUAUUGUACUGGAUCAUACACUAGUUGUGUUUGCAUUACUCAAAAAGAAUAAACAUAUAAUCAUAGUUAUGUGUCCAGAAUGAUAUGGAUACGUUAUAGAGAGUUCAGAGAAGGGCUACUAAACUGGUUCAUGGAUUGCGGGAUAAAACUUACCAGGAAAGGUUAAAUGAUCUUAACAUGUAAAGCUUGGAGGAAAGACGAGACAGGGGGGAUACGAUAGAAACAUUUAAAUACAUAAAGGGAAUCAACACAGUAAAGGAGGAGACUAUAUUUGAAAGAAGAAAAACUACCACAACAAGAGGACAUAGUCUUAAAUUAGAGGGACAAAGGUUUAAAAAUAUCAGGAAGUAUUACUUUACUGAGAGGGUAGUGGAUGCAUGGAAUAGCCUUCCAGCUGAAGUGGUAGAGGUUAACACAGCCAUGAAGUUUAAGCAUGCGUGGGAUAGGCAUAAGGCCAGGGACUAAUGAAAGUAUUUAGAAAAUUGGGCAGAUUAGAUGGGCCAAAUGUUUCUAUGCAUGCAUAUGAGUUGAAUAUCCUUAUGUCCAACUGCUAUUUAAUUUUGCUUUUGUCUGUAUAUGUGUUAACAGAAUAUGCUCAGCCACUCGUAGGAGGAGCACUUGGCACUCUUCAUCAGAGGUCGACCUUCAAGCCAGAGGAAAGCAAACAGCCCAGUUUCAAUGACCUGGACUCCUACAAUUGCCCUGACCAGGAGAUUUACCAUGCUUAUGCAGAGCCGCUGCCUACAAGUGGUCCAGAAUAUGCCACUCCUAUUGUAAUGGAUAUGUCUGGUCACCCAACCGGAACCAUGUGUUUGCCUUCAACAUCCACAUUUAAAGUUCCUGGGACUCAAGCUCCCCCGUUGGUGGGGAAUUAUAAUAAACUACUAUCUAGGACAGACAGUUCACCCUCUACACAGGUACUAUACGACACUCCUAAAGGGACUCAAAGUGCAUGUCCUGUAGAGGAAUUGGUGUACCAAGUCCCACAGAGUGUACCACAACCAACAGUGAACAAAGACGUUCCUCUUUAGGCAGUGUAUGCCUCAGAGACUGGAGGAAUAGAGACUUCUGGAUGCAAAUACCAGGUUCAACAAAAUGGCUUUAUUUUCUACGAGCACAUUGCUUUUAAAGUGUAGGCAUUUGUGUAAAAAAGAAAAUUAGCUUUUAAUCGCACUACUAAGAUGACUUGUGAAACAAAGUUUUUGAUAUUGGAGCACAAGCCCUACCCAGUAACAUAAAAAUAACUAAUCGUUACAGAUCUGAAUAGUGUGUAAGGUUACAUAAACUGAACAUGCUGCGUGUGCACUCCUAUUACAGGGAUACUAUAGAUAGAAAAGCAACUUUAGUUUAAUUAAGCGGUUUUUGUUUAUAGAUCGUGCCUCUUAAGUUUCACUGGUCAAUUCUGUCAUUUAGGAGUUUCUUUGUUUCUGUUUAUGCAGCCCUAGCCACACCUCCCCUGAAAGCAAAGUGGUCGCAUUUUCAAUCAGAUGUUACUUACUUUACCUCCUGCUCUGCAAUUUGCACUUUAAUGACACACAUGAUGCUCCAGCAGGAUCUAGUAAGCUAUUAACAGAGCAGGAGAUAAGUAAUUCUAAAUUAAACAGAAAUUGCAAUAAAGGAAGUGUAAACAUUAGAUGACUUUUUACAGGAAGUGUUUAGGAAGGCUUUGCAAGUCACAUGUAGGGAGUUGUGCAUAGAGCGGCAUAAACAAAGUCAUUUUAUUAACUCCUAAAUGGCAGAGAAUUGAGCAGUAAAAUGGCAGGGUCAUGAUCUAUACACAAAAAACUACCUCAUUAUGCUAAACUUGUUUUUGUGAGUAUCGUGCCCCUCUAAGUGCCCUGAUCUGUUCAUGUUUUGUUGUAUUAAUAAUUACCUUGUUGUUCCGCAAAUACACAUCUUUACAAGAUCAGAGAAAAAGCUCUCGCUCGGUUUACAUUCUCCAUUCAUUUUAGAAGAAAAAUGUACUCCUAUGUAGACACACUGUUUAUUCUACCAAGCUCUGAUUUGGACAGCUUGCGUGGUAAGCACUCAAUGUUCUCUGACCCACGGUUGCAUCUUGCCCUAAUUCCUCAAACACUGAAUGUUCUUUUGUUUCAAUAACUGUAUCUCCAGUCCCCUGCCUUCAGCAGCUUUUCUUGACUGUAUCAUUUUGAGCCCCUGUUUCAAAUUUCAGUCCAUGAUUAAUGUCACAUCGGUUAACUGAAGGGAAAACUUGAAGUCUUUGUAUACAACUUCCAGCAGUAAGCAAGUAGAGUAUCGAUUUAUGUACUGCCAGGUAUAAAGUGGUGUACCGUGUACUUGGCAAAUCGAUUCUUCUCUGUUGGGCAAGUGAUCAUUGAAGUUUGUGUUGAGUGUAAUUGACACAAUGUGUGUACUUUGCUGGUACUGCAAUGUAUUUCUUGUUUUGUUUUUCUUUUAUAUGUGUUUUUAUUAAGAGUUUUUUGCUCCUUAAUUUAUAAAGAACGCAUUAAGUCAUGUGAUGAAGAUAGGCAAAGAGUGCAUGGAUAUUUUGGAGAGUUGUUUAUACAUAAUAUUGUGACUUUUCCAGAUUGAUUAUUAACUAGCUUUCACGUGAACUUGUUGGGGGGGAGGGGGAUGGGACUCAAAUACAUUUUGAAAAAAGUCACCAGGUGAAUUGGAUUAUUUUAAUAAUAAACCAUGUGAAGGAUGGGAUGUUAAAGAUGCGGCUUUCCAAAUGUCCCUCAUGUGUCAGUUUGUUUCAGGAGUAAAUAAGGCUGUGAUCCAUCAACGGUCAAGCUACUAGUGAUCAGUGGCUUUCUAACUGAACUAGGCUUUUUGGAACAAGAACAUGAUGCUGUUCAGCUCACAGGCAAUAGCCUGUAAUAAAUCUGCCGUAACCGCCUGCCUUCCCCAGGGCAAUGGAAACCCAUUUGAAGAGUUGAGUGAUUGUGUUUUGGUAAAUUUAUUGUUUGUUCUAUUGCAAUUUUAUAAUGGGCCACUGAACAACUUGUGAACUGGGUUGUCAAUGACGUUUAGUUACUCGUCACUCGUAUUUUUAAUGCUUUGACAAAGGGGUUAUUCAAAUUUCUAGAUUUUGGCUUCAGCUAAAUAUUAUAGACAAAGAGUGUGGUCUGUUUUUUGUUUUUUUUCUGGUUGAAUCCAGCAUUUAGACCUGCAUAAUGGAGAAGACCAAGGAAAAAACAUAUGAUUUGAUGCGUUCUCGUUAACCGCUGCAUAGAUAAUCCUAUAGAUGGUCCUAAAUUAAAUAUUAAGUUUUGCUCUCGCAGUAUUACUGCUUUUAAGACGGUGGUGUCCUUUAUACGGUCUAUGCAUUUUAUAUAGUUGUUCCAAUCCACUGGUAGCAUAUAAAACCCAAACGAAAAACACACACAAGUAGAAAACUGCCUCUGCACACAGCCUUUAUGCCGCAACUAUGAUUAAAAAAAAAAAAAUAAUAAAGUAAUUAAUAAAUAAGUACACAGUGGUUACAUACUAUAGCUGAUAGAUUUACUUCUGGUGCUGGUUCCAUAGUUCACAAUUCCAGAGAAGAACCGCACUUUGUAAUCCGUAAGCUCGACAUGUUGAGGAUUUUAUCUAGAUUGCUUGUCACUUAUGUCUGUGUGUACUUUUUUAGGAAUCCAUCUCGUACUGAUUACAAAGUACAGUUCUUCUCUGGAGUUGUGCUGACCACAGCUACCAGUGUAGUUUUGCCAGAUGCAUACGCAUUUCCGGUCAGUGUAGUGGUUAUGCUGCUAGCUGUCUCUGGAUGCGCUUAACAAGUACGUGGUCAAACUGUGUAGGUCCCCUCCUGGGCCUUAACGAUCCGUUAAAUCAGCCACAGCAUUCAAGUUGACAUUCAUAACACAAGGGCAAAUUCUACAUUAUGAAUGCAGCAAGGAAGGCCCCCUCUAAUUAUAUGAUGGGGGAGUAAAAAUAAUUCAGCUAAUUUUCUAGGUCUACUAUUUUGGUUCAAGAUGUACUAUUCACAUUUCAUUAUUGCAUUCUAAUCAAAUGACCCGGACCUCUUUUUAAAGAUUUAACUCAUUUUCUUGUCCUGUCUGCUGUAAGAGGCGACGCUAGACCAUUAGUAUGUGUAACCAUGGUAAGCCAGGAAAAAUUUAUUCACAAAAUAGGACUAUUUUAGCACAUUUUGAUAUAAUGCUAAAAACCCAUGCUAAUUGCAGGAGUUCUUUUAGCUAUUCUUGUGAGUGAUACAUUUUGUGAAUAGAAAUGCACACUAAUGAGAUUAUUGACUAACGUGAUUUGUUGGAAAAAUCAUCCGAUCUGAAAUACACUUUGACUUUCCAAUUUAGCUUUAAAAUCCCUUUAACUUAAAUUGGCGAUUGACCCUAGAAUGUAGAGCUAAUAUUUUCAAUGUAUAUAUUUUUCAAUAGUUACGGUCUGUACGAUUUUCCCACUCUCACUUUAUUUUUACACAUUAUUUUGCUGCCCAUUGGCACACACCUCUCCUAUAAUUAUGGCCCAAACUGUUCUUGUCUUGUUGGACGUAGUUUAACUUUCUCUACAGUUUAUAAGAUUAAACCACAUCUGCCGUGAUAUUGGAUGCUAUUACAGGUCCAUCAAUGAGGAAAGUUCUGCUAUCUUGGGGUCAAUGUUUUGAAUUAAAAGUUUGUUGAAUUACAUAUGUUUGUGUAUGUACUUGCCUGUAGGGGGUUGUUUGUAUAAGUUAAAGCAGAGGUCAAGGAUGGACCAUAAGCUGUAACCAAAUGGCUACUAAAAAAGCGUUUAAAAAUGUCAAUGAUCUAUAGUCCACAUCUAUCUUCCAUUAAUGUGAAAUAUACUUUUUUCAUUUUCUGCUGGUGAAAUUACUCAAUUUAGUAAUUUUUCCACAUGAGAUUCAACCACUUGUGAUGGAACACUGAAAAAAUAUUUUCAAUGGUCCAUCUAUCAUUAUAGAAUAAAAUAAUGCUGGUUAUGAUAUAACUGAUGACAUGUCAUGAUUCCCUUUUAUUCCAGAAGCUUGGUCCUUAAGGGGUUAAAUCUCUACUGCCCAUUGACCACUUUGAUUGCUGUUUGGUAUAGCUGUGUGAAUACAGUGCUUACAAAUUCCGCAAUGGUUAAACACCAACAAAUAAUCACGUUAUUAAUGAGUCUAAAUGUUAUGUUUGAUACAUGGAGAUUUUAUUACACUUUCAUACAGUGACUGGAAUCCCAAGUGCAAAUUCCCACAAUGAAAUAACUAGUAAGGAAUUCUGGGAAUUGUAGGAUCCUCCGCAGGAAGACUAGCAAGGUUGGAUAACCUGCCAUCCCAUAAACAUCUCCUCAUUGUCUAAGGGAGUAAAUACAAAUACAUGUGAUUAGGUGCUGACUGACAACAGUGUAUUCAAUUUAAAAUAAAAUAUUGAAAUGUUUUGUUAAAAUUUAGCUUGGGAUAAUUGAUGGUAUUUUGGGUCUGUUCAUGCACAGAGGAUUAAAAUAGAAAAUCUUGUAUUGAAAUGAGUAUUUUCCCUUGUGUAUUUCAAACAUGCAGAGCUGGGUGAUCACAAUUAUAGUGAGUGUGGUGAUUACUGGAGCAGAUUAAAUCUGUUACAAAUCUGUACCGAUAUACUGAGAAUAACUACCACUAAACUUGUGCAAAACCGUGUUUAGAACAAACAGGCCAAAACAAAUGUUUGCAACAAACAAAUGUUUUCACCUCGCCAUUUCUAAUAUGAGGGUGCUUUCAUUUUUCUAGUGAACUCUAUGGUAAUUCGAUUUGUUUAUCCAUCUAUUAACCAGCCUGUUUUAUUGCCUGGAGGUCAAAGUGUUAAAUGUUCUAAAAUAGAAUUAUGAAAUAUGUGCUUUUUUUUUUUUUUUUCGUCCUUAGAAAUUGACUAGUCAAACCAUACUGUUUGGAUUUAUUUACAAAUAUGCCCUGUAGAUAGAAUGAACACAUCUCAUCGAGUUGAAUCUUACAAUUACAAAUUUCUUUUUAAAAUGUUUGAGCAAGCUUGUCACAUUUCUUCCUAGUGGGUACUUAAUCAUAGGCUGAAAGAUCCACAAUCCCCAUGGUGUUUGUAUCAUCAUAGGAAGCCAUUUACAGAAUAUAGCAUUGAUGGCACAUCUCCCAUAAUGCAUUGUGAGACAUUUAGGGCCACAUACAUCUGGAGUACAAAUAGCAUUUCCCACUGCUGCACUGACUUAUUGGAAGGCGUGUAACUGUUGGUGGUAAGUUGGGAAACCUAGUUAGUUCUUGCAUGAGGACUGUUAUGAACAGUGUUACACGAUUUUACGUUUUAUCAUCACUAUUACAUACAGCUGGAUAAUAAUCUCCUGUGCACUUUUCAGAAGCUCUUGUUUCCCAAGUUUAACAGUAAACCAAUGUGAUAAACGCAUGUGCAGUCAUUCUGCACAAACUGUGAAUGUGCUACACUUAUUCCGGUAACCAAUCCAUGUUAGCAGCACACAGAAUUAUCUUCCUUUCCAUCAGAGCUUUGCAAUGGCACAAAGUGGACACAUUAUAACUCUUUAUCUAAAUGUGCAUUUCUUUUAAAUCCACAGUGCUCCUUGAAUGUAAUUUGUGUGGAAUCAGCAUGUACUGUAGACACAUAUAUGUAUAUGUUGUUAGACUGUAGAUUGUAUAAAGGAUGAAAGGUCUAUGUGUUCAAACAUAGAUGUACAUAAAAUAAAACAUUUUUUUGAAGACUUUUAAUCUUGUAUCUUUGUGAAUUUAAUAUCAGGCAAAGCAUAUCACCCAGAGCCAGCAGUUGGUGAGUUAUUGAACAUUUCAAUGGAAGCAUUUUAUUUAUAUAUCCAAUUAAUAGAUAAGUCCCCAAUGAAAACCUGCAUUUAUUACUGAAUUUUUAAUUGUAAGGGAUAUCUAAAAACUUUCCAAAAGCUGCAGAUCUAAUGUCUGCAGCCUUUGCUGGCCCUCCCCUUAGACAGACUCUGUUUGUGCUGGGAAAUGAAGCCAAAGUUCUCCAGGUGUAGACUGCAAGGUAGUCUGCACAAGGCCAAUGUGGGCAGUGUGGACACACAGGCACAUUUUUACUUGUAGGGGAAGGUAGGAGAGUGCACUUCCCACUUCUAUUAGCUUCUUGGAGCUUAUUGAAUCUGGAAGAAAUCCUUCCUGCAUGUAUGAUUUAAAGCCAGGGAGAGGUUUCUGCAAUUAUUUGUAAAAUUCCUGAUUUGAAGAAAGAAAUCAUACACUUUAUAAACUGCAAUGAAAAUAAGAUGCUCCUAACACACGAAGCAUCGUGUGUGUGUGUAGUGUCCCUUUAACCCCUUAAGGUCCAAAUUUUGGAAUGAAAGGGAAUCAUGUCGUGUCCUUAAGGGGUUAAAGGUUUCACAUGCUCAAUGGAUGGUAAGAGCCUCUGC